GCUGUUUAGUGCGUCGAUCGACGGAGGGAAGUGGAGUUCGCGCGUCUCGUUGUGCGUCCGUGGACCAAACAGCUUCAGCAGCAGCAGCAGCAGCAGCGGUGCGCUCUGAGCCUCCUCCAGAUCCGCAGGCAUCCCGGGGAGCAGACACACCGUGCAUGCCUCGGACACCAGGAGGAGGAGGAUAACCGAUUUCUUCAUCAUCUUCUUCUUCUUCAUGAUCAUUUUGACUCACUGAGACAUACAUUUUUUGCAUUUCCCUCAUGGUAACCAACAUUGCGCAGCCGGAGACAUGUGGAAUAUUCCGGGGAAACUGCACCGCUUCUUCCUAGUGUGUUUUCUCCUGACACUGCGGACUGAGGUGAGAACUUUAUCUGAAAUAAUAAUCAAACGUUUUGACUCAUAAGAAGUUAUUUAGAAAGGGUUAAAUUCCGGUCUUAAUUGAACUGCAUGCGCGGCAGUCGAAUCAUGUGAUCCUGGAAUUUUUUGGGAUUUGUGCUUCAUUCGAGGGCGAGAAAUGAAAUUCAUUGUUUCAUGCAAAUAUUAGAGGAAAUUUCAUGUUUUUUGGCUAGUUAAGCCAAGUUAUUUUUGCGUCCGUGAAGUUUCAACACCAGAGGAUCAAUGCCAGUAUAGAUAGAGUGCGUAAAUCAGUCUUUAACACCGCACUCUGCAUGUUUCAGUGCAGCUUCACCUGCAUCAAAAUGUGUGGGUUGUAGUUUUGAACAAGUGUCACAAGUUUUUCAUCACAUAAUCAUGAACAUUGUGCGAGUUUAGACCCGUUUACUGUCACUUUCCCGGGUGCUUUCGUCGCUUUAGUUCGGUGAAAGUGGACUUUCUGCAGCGUGAUAUGCAGACUGAGCUAAAUUGGAGUACCAGUUUGAGCCGAGGUGCAACUGUGCCAAAAUGUACAGUAGUGUAGGCUGCAGGGGAAUCCACUUAAGGUGAACUUUUCUUUGAAUCUGACUUGUCUUCGAGCAGAAAAUGCGCAUUUUUUGUUUUGGACACCUUACUCGCGAUGCACAAAUGAAACUAAGAUGUGUCAAAGAUCGACUGUUAUAGAUUGAAAACAGUUCAUAAGCAGACUUUUCACCCUCUUUUUUCCUCCUCAGGUGUCUCAGUCCACCGGUUACUUCGAGCUGCAGCUGAUCUCGGUGGAAAACCCUAAAGGUCAGCUCCUCAACGGCGACUGCUGCGACGCGGAGAAGAGCGCGGCGGAAGGCGAGUGCGGCGAGGAUGAGUGCGACACCUACUUCAGAGUGUGUUUAAAGGAAUACCAAACGGAGGUCUUGAUCAAUGGACAAUGCACGUACGGCUCGGAAACUACUAAGGUUAUCGGUGGAAAUACUUUUCAGUUCAAAGGCGGCCAGAAAACCGGACAGAACCGGAACCAUGACGCUGGGAAGAUCACUAUCCCCUUCCAGUUUGCGUGGCCGGUGAGUUGAUCAAUGAUAUUCUGGGUUUCUGUGGAAAAAGGGAUGUUGCAAGUUUCUGCACCACAAAACUAAACAUGAUUGCAUGUGAAUAAUGUCCAAGUUGUGUCUGAAAAUGAUGAAUACUAAAAGGCAAAUUGGAUGUUUUGGUGGUGAAUCAUGGCACAGCCUGAAAUCACUCUCUCUGUGUCCUGCUGAGUGUAAUUUGGCACAUUUUGGCACGGUUUUCUGCUUCUCUUUGCUGUCUGAGUGCGUGCCAUUUGCUCUCUCUUGUUGUUAAAUUUCAGCCUCUUAGUUUCUCAGAAUAUCUCAUUAGGAACACUUUAUUCCUCUUUUAGUGCUUUUGAUCGAAUAACUGUCUUUCUGACGUGCCAAAACGUCUGUGCGCGCUUUACGCACGACUUUUACGCACAGCAGCAGCAGUGCAGUGCGGUUAGAUGAGUUACCAGACAAGCUGCUGUUUGUGUGGCUUCAGUUACAGUAUGAGUGCAAGUGUGUGUGUGUGGAGGGGUAGAGGAGGAGGAGGGGGGUGUAGCGUGAGUGUUUGAAGGGUGAAAAAUAAAAAUUUCCAAGCCCAUGUUGAAAAAGAAGUGGCAGGUAACUUAUUAUCUAAUCCAAACAGAGCAGCAGCCAAUCAAAACCUGCUCCUUACACUCCUUAUUUGGAGAGGCAGCGUGGGAAACAGGAACCGUGUUUUAAGAAAGAUUGUGAGAGGUUUAAGGAGCUGCUGUUCCAGUCAGAGAUGUGUAUCAGGGGAGGUUUGAUGGUCGGGUUAGGGUGACGUCCCGUGGAGGAAACGUCACAGGUUUGAUUCCCACUCCAGCUGAGUGAGCUGUCAAAAUAAGGAGCUCCAGUCAUCAUGAGUCACAGUGGAGAAGAAAGACAGAAGUGAUGAAAGUUGAAUGGUCUCGCUGGAGUGGUUUAUGACUAUUUGUGUUUAAGAUAAGAUAAGAUAAGAUAAGGAGAACUUUAUUGAUCCCCAAAGAGAAAUUAAAUACUGAAAUCUUUGUAUGAUUUCAGCUUUUUCUGAGUUACUAAAGUCAUUUGUUCACAAAAUAUGAAAGAUUUGAGCCCAUUUAGAAGGAUUAAAAGCUUAAUUCAAGUAAUUUAUCAUGAUCAUAGAACAAAAAACCCUAAAAUAUUCAAGUUAAGUUGAAGUGAUUGAAGAUUAAGUUGGAAAAUAACACAAUUCUUUCAUUUGUUUGAAGAAAUCAAGACAUUUCAGACUCAAUAUUGAACAUAACUGAACUAUAAUGACUUGGUAACACUGACUUUUAGAGAUUGAAGCUGUUCUAAUCUAUAAAAAUGGCAUUAUGCUGCUUUAUAUUCCAAAAUAUGAGAUAAAAGAUGUCAGUGUUAAAUGAAGGCACAGUGUAAAGUUGUGGUGUUGGAGUAAUUCCAGGAUAAGACCGCAGGCUGCUCUAAAAGUCAUGUGAAAACAGAACCAGAAGGACACAAGACUUCCUCAGAUCUUGACGUCACCGUUGGUGAAUCCCCUCGAAACAGCAUAAAAUAUCCGACACUUAUCAAACAGAACAUUCUGAUCCGACUGGGGAUGUUCUCUUCUUUUUUCAUACUUUCCGGGUCAAAUUUUGGGCUUAAAACACAUGCUCAUAUUUCAGAUUUUGUCCCUUUGAUAAGAGAAGUACAUCUUUGUAGCGUGGCAACAGUGGAGGAGACUUCUAGAGUGCUGGAGGGGACCUUAAAAAGACAUUAACUGAAAUAAUAAGAGGCUAAAAUGUGGGAUUUUUCAAAAUCUGCCGUUUUAAAUAAAGAAAUACAACUUUGCAACAGUGGAGGAGGCUUCCAGAGUGCUCAAGGUGUCUCAAAUAGACAUUUCAGGCAGAGGCUAACAUGAGGAUUUUCAAUACACCAGUCUGAGAUAUAUAAAGAAUCUGUUGUAUAUCAUGUAAAACAACUACAAAGUUAGCUUAAGGAAAAUAUACAGCCAGAAAAUGAGCGUAACACCCCUAACUCAGUGUUUGUUUGAUAUUGUGAUGUGUCGAUAAGAGUAGAAGACUAAUCUUUUGUUAGUUAAAACUAAAUUUAGCGUAAAUUUAGUGUCGGACCAUAAAAGAUUAAAAGAUUUCAUCGGCUGGGGCAGAAAAAUUGGCAGACAGCCCAAUUUUUGUGGUUGAAAAUGAAAAAAAUGAAGCGAUCUAUGAUUAUGAAAUGCACCAAAUCUUCUGGAGUAAUAAAAAAAACUGAUAAUGGAAAUUAAAUUUAGUCGUGGCAGCAGUAAAAAGGAGAACCCCGUCUGUGUGUCCAUGUCAGAUACAUAUAUUGUACAUAUCAGGUGCUUUGUGUGCUCGGCCGGCUAUGUGACCUCUCCAUUCAUCACUCCCCAUGGUCAGCUGUCAGCAGAGGGGAAGAUGGAAGUAGUAAGUUGGGGCCCUGCGGGCGGAUACGGUUACCACUAAGUUGUGUGUGACACAGGCGGAGGGUAUCGGUGUCACCAACUACUCAAACAAGUGAAGAUCCCCGCUCAAUCUGGGCCGGGGGAUGCCUUUACAUCGCCGCCUCUCAGGUUCACGCUCUCUCCGUUAUUGGGUCAUUGUCUCACUCGGCGUGUGUGGGGUCAGUAUUUUCCACUAUCCUCCCGGAAGGGGGGUGGAGGAGAGUGUGUGUGUGUGUGUGUUCGGGGGCACAAAAGACAGAGGGUAUCAGUGUUCAGCAGCUUCUUCUGAUGAGGCUGUCAAGGACGCAGCAGUUAAAAGUGUCAUUAUGUCUCAUAUUUUGACCAGUUUGACAUCUCUCGCAGUUUUCAUUGUUUUCUUUGAACUGGUCAGUGACGUAUUUAAGACCAGAGGGUGAUGUUGUUUGUUAUUGAUCUUAAGAUAGAGCAAAUCACCUUGCACUGGUGUGUAAAUCCAAGAUAUACUCUACAGACAUCUUGAUUCUCAGGACCAACAGUCAAAGAUGGGAACGCUUCACUCUUGAAAGGUGUGUUCAUUGCAAACUCCGGUUCUGCCCGAUGUUUCUGCCUGUUAAAAGAAAGUUUUCCUUGCCUCUUGUGCUACAUGUUGACAGAUUCAUGGUUAAGUCUUUAAUAAUGAUGUCAUGAAGAUUAUAGUCUGGACCAGAUCUUGAUUGUCUGAUCAGGGCAGAUGGCUAAUCACCUAUGACUCUGGUCCUGCUUGAGGUCUCUGCCUGUUUAAAGGUGGUGUUUCUCUCUACUGUUGCCAAGUGCUCUUUGGUUUGAGUUUCUGCACAUAGUACACGAUGAUGAUCUAGAUCUGCUCAAGUCGAGUGUUGUGUUUAUUUAGUGGUGGCAGAUGACAUUCCACCUAUUACUCUGGCGUUCCAGGUUUCUGCCUAUUGAAGAAUGAGUGUUUACUGCUGCUGGUGCUCUUUCAGUUUGAUGAAAUGUGUUGGUAUUGUCCAGUUGAGCGGAUGACUUUCCAUCUCUGCAGAAUCUGAUUAGGGCAGAUGACGAGCCACCAAUUACUCUGCCACUGCUUAAGGUUUUUUCCCACUGAAAGGAGGUUUCUCCAAGUGCUGGUCCAUAAAUUCUGGCUCUGUCAACUGGACCAGAUCUUUUUAUGUUUAGGACUUUGGCUACCUGAUGAAGGCAGAUGACUUAUCACCAGAAACUCUGGUUGUGCUCAGGUUUCUGCCUCUUCAAAGGCCGUGUUUUCUCUUCAUUGUCUAUGUGAUGAAGAUUUCACUGACUGUGGUCUUCUUGACCUGCUUGACCAGGUUCUGCUUUAAGUUUUCUGCCAGCUGACAGACAGAUUUGCCUUGUUACUGGUGCAAAGAAAUGCUGUCUAUAAACCUUUCACAUGUUCGUCCCCGCCUGUUUGCAUGGUGUGAAAUACAAUCCGCCUGAAACAUGUCGUGUUUUACUUUGCAAAGAAGCCGGAUGUUUUAUUUUGUGUCUGUGCCCGACUUCCUUUCCAGCACAGGUUAAUCUGUGCUGAAUUUAUCGCAAGUAGAACUUUUGCGAUCAGCUGUGGAUUCCAGCGAUCUGCAGCGGAACGGAAAGAAGCUGGUGGAAAUUGACACAUUAACUACAAACUUUCACAAGUCAUAAGAUCUAAAGAAUCUUUGGAUCUUGCUAAGUUUUCUGUUGGGUCUUGCUGUCGUUUUGGUCGAUUUUGUCGCCAUCUUGAUUAAAAUUUGUACCAUGCUAUUGUGACCGAAUGUCCAUGACUGAGGCCAACAGGUCUGAGUUUAGCAGGAUUAAUUAUUAUUAUGGCAUAGGAAGGACAAAAUGUUGUAUGUAGAUAUGAGGAUGCAAGGUCUCAGGAGGUCCGAGAACUGACUAGAGCCUGAAUCUGCUUCAGUUUGCAAAAGUAUGGAAGUUUAAAAAAGUCUCUUUAAGCUCCUGCCAAAGGUUUUUGACAUUAAUGAAACAGCCUUAAGUUCAUGUUGACGCCUUUCUGUGACAAACAAAAGCAAACAAGACUAUCAGACACCAAAGGGGUAGGAAACAAUCCAGUUUGAGUAUUUUUGAAGCUCCAGAUUUCCAGGAUGUAAGACGACUGAUGUCUCCCUCGGCUCGUACUGUACAAAGGCCGUCUCAGACCUCAGACUGUAGCUUCCACUCUGGCACGCUGUUGUCCCACAGACAGACAGCUUUGACAGCCACUUCUUAAGUGUGUGUGCGUGAAUGUGUGUGCGUGUGUGUGUGUGAGGCUGUGCCCUGUAGCCUCUGGUGCUGCUAUAGUGGACUCCUUCAGUGGGUCGGACAGUAUCUGGGCCACUGGUCCUGACAUGAAUUAACUACUGAGGAACAUAAAAAAGAGGGACAUUGUUCUGCCGCCUCCUUCACUGAUCAUUUCCCCUUCAUGCUAACCCCUCGGGCUGUUUGGGUCUUUAGUGACAUCUUUUUCAUGAAAGGGACGGGGGGGAGGAGGAGAUGGGGGAGGAGGAGGGGGAGAGAAGGCAGCCCCCUCCCAUUAUAAUAUAAAAAACUCCACACAGCUUUCUUGUGAGGUUGCUGUCACGAGGGAGGUGUAUUUUUAGGACGGGGGAAACUUAAGAUGUUGCCUUAUUUUACGGUAGCAACUGGUGCAAAAACAAGCAUUUUCCUCUUCUCCUCUGCUUCCCCGCUCCUCACCCAAAUCUUCUCCCGUCUCUCUCUCUCUCUCCUUAUGGGGUAUUUUUAGAGCUGCUGUCCUCCCCUCACCCCUCUGUGAGUAAAUCAAGGAUCAAGGGUGCGUACUCCUUCAGUUUCAUGGCCCGUUUUCUUCCCCCCUGUGCCCCCUCUCUUGCCAGAACGCCCCCCACCUCUCCUCCCUAACCUCCUCCUCCCUCAGCCUGGCAGAUCUGAGAGGACAGAGGUGGAACAGCUGUUGUUUAGAGACUUCCUCCUCCUCCUCCUCCUCCUCCUCCUCUCAGAAUAAAUGUUUUAGUGAAAUAGCAUUAGGAAAACAGGCUAUGAUUACAGAUCAGCUCACUCGGAGGAGUAUCAGUGAGCAAUCGCAAAGUGCAAAGCUGGAUGACGGCGAGUUGUCGGCUUCUUCUUUGGUCGUUUGGCUCAUUUUGCCGAGUGCGUCCCUGGCACUCCGGGAGCUCCUCUUGGUUUUGGUGAUGCUUUCACGGCUGAUUAGUUUCGGUUGAAGAGGAUAAGGGUGCGAGGGUGAACGAAGGUGUAGGGUUGAUGGUGCAAACUUGAGUUCUUGAAAUGAUCCCAAAAAGUACAAAUGACUUGGGUUUUUUUUCCACCGACAUGUGCUCAACAGUCAUGAGGAUGGGAACUACUUGCAGGGCUGUUAUUGUUUAGAAAUAUCAGCACCAGAUGCUGCACCUAAUGACGAGUAUUUACUACACAGAUUUGCUCUGGAUUUAGGGCUUCCUAACGGUUUUUGGAGAGGCAGAGGAGGCGUGUCGGUGCAGAUGUGGAGCACGUCAAAUACCUGGACCAUUUUUGAGUCCAAAUACAAGGACAUACUGUUAAAAACAUGGAUGACAUGACAGCUCCCCAAAAAUGAUGCACCGUUCUCUGUUUUUUGAGUGCAGAGCUGUAAAGUUCAACAAGUCCAAGACCUAAUGGGUCAUUUUUUCAUGCACUGAAAUACGACACAAUGGAGAGUUUACGAACGAGCGCCUCCGCUGGUCGACUGAGGUACCACACGGGCCCUUUGUAUGACUCACAGAUAAAAUAUGAAUGCUAAAUAUGACUCUUAAUGAUCACCAUAUUCAGUUUUAACACCAUUAUAGACGAGAACAUUGAAUUUAAAAUGUGCCGUUAUUUUACCGUAAGAGGACGGAUUUACAAAUUUAGAUUCCCUGUUUCGGAGAUCGGGGGCAUGUUUUAAUUGGCAAUUUCACUGUAGAUUUGCACCCUAUUGAAUUGUAUUCACAUUACAUGCGCAUGCGUGCAAUUUUUGAUAGGGUUAGCAAGAAAUGUCACACGGUGUCAUGUCACGUCCAAAACACUCCUGCAAAUGGGAUUGAAUAAUGUGUUUUAUCGUGAUCAUGUGCAUGCAGAUGUGUUCACAACUAAAGACAGUGGCGGAGGAAAACCACAUUGGCUGCUCUUAGGUUUGGAACUUUUUAUUGUUUCGUUUGGCGCAACAGCUGGGUGACACCGGUACCAGGCGGCACAGGCAGCAGCUCAUUACGGCUCCUCCUGUAGCGGCGAUGUACCGAUCUCUGAAAUGGAGGAUCUAAAUUUGUAAAUCAGUCCUCUCGAGGUAAAGUAAAAGGGAGGCGCUCGUUAGUAAACGCUCCAUUGGGUCGUAUUUCAAAGCAAGAAAAUUGACCCAUUAGGUCGUUAUGGAUUGGAGGACUUGUUGGUAAAGUUGCCCAUGUUUUCAACCAAUUUACAAGCAGCUAGCGCCAUGCUAAAUUGUUUUGGGUUCAUUUUUUAAAAACUUGGGGAGAAUGAGAUGUAUAAUCGACAGCGUAUCCAGUCUAGUGGUUAGUAGUCAUAUAUCUGAUCGUAGCGACGCCAAAUUUCCUCCAUCCCUUUGUAACGCUGCGGACCAGAACAAUCAUAUGAUGCGCUAGCUUCUUGAGAAAUCAGUUUCUGGAGUAAGAAUCUCCUUUGUUUUUUGUCGAAUUGUGUUUUUCCCGUUUCCCCAGAGUCUUUUGGAUCAUCUGGUCUGGAGGUCGGGCAGAGUUUAUGGGAAAUUCUCUUAGCCGAGUAAUCUGCAAAACAAAACAAGCAAACAUAUUCAUUUUCCUUCACUGGAUCAGUUUCCUGGUAAAAAUGUGAUUUUGCAACAAGCUUGUCAGAGCUUGCUAGCCGCUUAAAACGACUGCAGUUGGAUUCAGUGAUAAUCUGUCCAUCUCUCCUCAGCUGUCAUGUAAUGUUUGGCUCUUAAAGGACCUUUUUCUCCAGGUUUGCACCUUUGACGCGUGUCUUUGUGAAGGGUUUCUUGGCUAAUGUUGGUGUAUUUUUCAUAAUUAGGUUUAAUCAGACAGCUCUGACAAACACUGUCCUGCAUGUUGCAGGUUGGAAUCAUGUAUAAAAAUAGAAAUUUCAGAAUAGUCAGUUUUGUUGCCAGUGGUCUUGUUUGCUUUUGUCUGUCAUAAAAAAGCAUCAAUAUGAGUUUUGGCCCAUUUCUUGAACAUCUAAAAAACUCCUCACUGGAGCUUUAACAGCCUGCAAACAUCAUGUCUACUCCUUUGUUGAACCCCAGAGCUAAAAGGCUGCACAAAGUUUUCUUUUUCCGUAUUAAUAUGAAAUUUAAAACAUCAAACCCGGACAGUGUGGUCUCAUGCAGUAUGUAGGUUAACCCGGAACAUGUUUCUGCGUGUACAACAACAAACAGAGGCCACAAGCGUCUCCCUCUGCGCGCCCUCUCUGCUCUGUGUCUUUAAUAAUCCUGAAAGCCUGCAGGACGGCCGCAGCGGGGCUCCGUUACGUGGUGUGUGUCGGCCAGGCGAGGCGCUUGAACGCUCUCUGCUCGGUUAACUGCGGUCAGGACGGGCCUGCUCGCCUUUCCCACGAUGCCGCCGGGUCCAAGUCAGCUGACCCAGUCCUGGGGCGUAGAAAUGUGUGAUUAGCUGCUCAGUCUGUCCCGCAGAUUGAUUGUUGAUGCUGCUGGUGGGUUUAAGUUUGAAGUGUGACCGGUGUGUGUGUAUAGUGGCAGCUUUGUGUACUUGUGUUCAUCACGCUAUGGGGACAUAAAUCUUUUCUCACAGUUACAUAACGGGGGGAAAAACAACACUCCUCGCACAGUUAAGCAACUUUUAGUGUUAAGUUUGGUCUAAGGGGGUAGUUUCAAACCUCAAGAGGAUGAAUGGGAGUUGAAGUCAAUGUAAGAAGUUUGUGUAAUGGUACAGGAGGAAGAGUAGACAGCUCAUUAUUAACCUUGUUGUAGGGCUGGACGAUUAUGGCAAAAAUAAUAACCACAGUUAUUUGACUGAUAUUGAAAUCACGAUUAAUAAACAUGAUUAUUCAUUCAUUUCAAAACUUGAACCAACAAAACUUAACUUUAAAUUUAACCUAAAAAACAGCCAGAAUUAAAUAAGUAACAAGUAAACAAGCAAAAAAUUAAUCAGUCCUAUGAUUGCCAACGAUAACUUGCUAAUGCUAAGACCUGUUAGCUCAUGCUCCACGGUGCAGCGCCCAUGAGUCAGAGUAAGAGCAACAUAAAUUAAAAAACAGAAACGCAUUUUUAAGGUGUGGCGGCUUUUAUUUAGCCGUGGCGGUAUGAAACGGUCAAUGGCAUAUAGGGGAAACACUGUGGUUGGUUGGUCGUGUUCCCCUUGGUAGCAGAAAUGACAGCGUGACAAACUUUGCAAACAGUUUCCUUUUGCUCAACAUCCGUCAAACUGAAGCCAAAAUGUUUCCAGAUAAUUUAAGUUGUCCUACCUUUCUUCUGCCUUUCAAAAUAAAACACAACUCUACGACAACUACAUUAUGAUCAGGGCUGCAAAGUCCUAGUCAACUGGUCGACUUAGUGGUCAAUACGUGCUAAAUCUAGCAAAAUUCUGAUUGGUCAAAUUACAGUCCUUGGUUAAUUUCAUAAGGAGGAACAUACCAAGUGCUAAUGGUGGUGUUUUCAGAGCCUGUCUCAGAGCACCCCUCUUGUUUUUACCAGUUUUGGACCAGCUGGAGACAAGAAGAUUGAAGAUUUUUUUCUCAGAAUUUUCCCUGAAUUGCCUUUUGUUUAAAUUUUUCAUUUUUGCUCGACCUCGGUCAAAUUGAAGCCAAAAUGUUCCCAGAUAACUAAAGUUGUCCUAACUUUCUUCUUAACCACAUUUCAACCGCUCUCUCCUCAUAGUAUUGAUCCACACGUCACACGCUUGCUGCAGCUGCAUGUAACGAAAUCAUGAUUAAAAUUCGAUCAAUCGUCCAGCUCUACCUCGUUGGCCUUUUGUCAUGAAAAGAAGUUUAUUCAGUCUUUCUAAGUUUCAUUAAUGUUUAGAUGAUGACUCCAAACUCAAAGAGAUCAGCUCUAAUGGUAUAGAGAAAAAAAUCAGAUGCGAGAUAUACAGUAAGGCACCCACUACAGUGACUCACUAUGAAUACGAACACUUUCUUCUCAUGUGUAACCUGAGACUCUAUUACCACUUAUAUAUCACAACCUCUUCACUCCUUAUGCAGUGUGAAACUUUAGUAUUGUUGCUAUAGUUACCUGUCGUUUAUUCUACACGGGGCCCUGAUUUAGAGCUGCGGUGAAACUGACACUAUGUUUAACAUGUCCUGAUAUACCGUUACAGUGGACGCCUGCCAGCCAAUCAGGAGCGAGCGUUUACAUGCAACAUUGAACCGCAUCCAAGCCAACUUAAUGAGUGUGUACAUCAUGUACGGAUCGGUGUUGAACCGUGCAUAUGUUUGAGCGUCUCUUGACCCCAUUUACACCUAUCAAUGAUGAUCAUUUUAAGAUUAUUCAUAUUAAAGUUUUUCCACGUUAUUUGUUUGGAACUUAAAGGUGUAAUUCACCUUUUUUUUUGGCUCCAGUUGCUGCUGAACUCCAUCAAUGUCUUUCACACAUGCUGAGAUCUGAUCACGGUGCGAGCCAGUCCUCGUGCAGAUAUGGUUUCGCUGAUCUUAUAGCGUCCCAGCUGCAAUGCAUUCAGCAUGCAUUUGCACCUUAUAUUAACACAUAUUUCCUUCAUCUAAAUAAGAUAUCGACUUUCUGAUUACAUGCUUACACCAGGCGUCAAAAGGCUCUGUGUGUGUUGGCAUAGAGGUAAUGAAAUGCAUGCGUUGCGGGCGUCGAGGUGAGCAGUGGUGAUUUAAGCGUCAGACGCACACGCAGCUUUAUUUCCCACUCGGCUGUGUGGCUGAGAAGCAGGGCAGUUUGGGAAAUUAAGAAAGAGGAAGGUGGAGGUUCAAGAGGACCCAACCCUUCAUUGUUGCUUUAUUUGUUUAUCUCCCCCAAAUCUCACACAUCCCUUUGUUUAUCUUGUCCAUCUUUCCCACUCUCCCUCGUACUAAGAGAAAACCCCGUAGCUACAUAUUUUGUGCGUUAGAAACCGUUUGGCUCCUGAGCUCCGCUUUUGUUAGCUUGUUUUGAGGGUGUGAUCACACCUACAGUUUGCUUUCUUUGGUCUGAAACAGAGUGGGAAAAGAUCGUCGUGUUGUGUUUUUGUAUUUUGCUCAUUCGGGCUCACAUUGUGAAGCAGCUCAUGGAGCAAAGUUACAUGAAAUCAGAAGGUUUUGAUUCCCAUCCUGCAUGAGGUUUUGUAAGACGUGGCCUAAAUUUUGAUGGAGGUUUGAGGUCAGUCCUGUUUCCCAAAGUUAAUUUCAAAUCAAGAUGGAUUUCUCAUGAAGAGCAGUCUGGGAAUAAACAACUCUCUAACCUUUUGACCCUUCAACCCACUGAUGAGCCAAAUUCAAUCCAAGAGUUUGUGUUAAUUGCUUGAUACGAACAUGUCUCAUCUAAUCAAACUUACAAAUAAGUUCCUGUCAGGUUUUCCUCUGAGUUUUUUUUUUCCCCUCCUCAUCUGUGUGUUGCUGAAACUCGGCUUGUUGUCAGCGCUCUCUCCAGAGAGAUCGGGUGAAGGUUCAGCAGCGUUUCUCAAUCCAUCUGGGCCCAGAAUCUCUGUCAGUAACCUCAGUUACCCAACCUCCCACUUCAUGGAGAAAGCCCCGUAACCUGCACCUCCAUCUGCAACAGAAUUUAUCACAGUGUCCUCAUUGACUCACUGGACUCGCCGUUUUGGGAUUACAAGCAACAUUGCAUGAUCACUCUUUUUGGUUUAACCUCAAAUAAAGGGGUUAGGAUGACUGGAUGAUUGAGAGUUUAAGUUUCUUCUAAUUUUUCUUGCAAAAGUGUUUCAAAGCCAUGACUGAUAAAAAGUAGGAACUAGGAAUGUCCAGUUGGGAAAGAGCCUUCAAUAUUUAUUGCAUAAAAGUCCUAAUAGAGAGCCCUUCAAAAUAAAACACAAAUCUACAACAACUACAUUACGAUACAGUACAGAUAGAUUACAACAUAGACUUUAUAUAGAAUGAACGCCGUCUGCCUCCUCGCUGGGUGAAGACACCGUGAGAACAGCACCCUCUGGUGACGGGCUGCAGUAUAGGUCAUAAAUCCCGCCUCCUCCAGCAAUCCCUAUGGAGCUGUGGACAAACUUUAGAAAUUUAUUACACAGAACAUAAAUGUUUCUCCCCCCUGGUUGCGAUGUUGACAUGUAGUUACUGUCAGACUGGUUUUUGCUCAAUUCCUCAUUUUUCUGUGAAGCUCCAUUUUUAAAAGCUAUUAGGGGGUUCAUGUUCUCAUAGAUUGACACCUGAUACAGCCUAUUGGCGUACCAAAAUUGUGUAGCUCACCCGUCAUCACAGUGACUCUCGGCAACUCUCCCGCCAAAUGCGUACAACGCUUCUGCGCAGUGCUGGUUUCAGGAAGUGGAAAAUUAUCGUGGAAUUACCGAGAGCUUUUCAGAAUCAAAUCCGUAUACUGGUGGAAGGCGGAACCAAGUUUUCCAUAGUAUAUACAGUCUUUGGAUUACAGUAGAUAUUGUCUAUCUCAUGCCUUUAAAUAAUAGCCCCAAAAUAACUAUAAAUAUCUUCACUUUUACUAAAUUUUUGAGGUUUUUUUAAAUACUGAAACAGUUUUAAUUCGUUGUUCAGGUUGUUAAGGUUGUUUGCAGCUCAACAAAUGUGUACAUACAGAGGGAAGAUAAGAGAUCGUCUAACAGUUAAACAGUUACCUGUAAAAAUAGUUUACUUUGAAACUGUUAUUUUGAUAGAAAAGUAUUGUAGUCCCUCCAAACUCGACCCCACUUCAAGAACACCGCCGUCAUUUGUUGCUCUGUAUUUGUUGAAGAACUCGUCACCCAACCUGCCCUCGCACCACUUAAAGUUUCGCCUCCGGCUGAAGAGUUUACGUUAAAACAACAUUUAGAGCUUGUUCUUCAUACAGCAGAGUUUCUCCCUCUCACCACCUUGUCUCGGCUCGACACAAUUUUAUAUCAUUUGCUCGCGACGUUUCUGCUCAGGUUGCGAGGAAGCUGUUUGGGGAUUUCCCCCUCGGCGUGAAUAUCACUUUCUCGGCCUGCUUUGACCUUUUCGUCGCCACGCCUUUCAGCGGGAACAAUCACUUUAUGGUUUUUUUAGCUUUUGUGCCCAGAUAUCGAGUCAUCAUGAUGAGUAGAGGGAGGAGAGCGAUGAGGAUGAAAGAGAGAGAUAAAGACGAUCAGAUAGAGAGAGGCAGCUGUACAUGCUGAAUCUGGUAUUCAGGUUGGACAAAGAGCUGGGUCCAGUUGCUGGUAGGUGAUAAUCAAAUUUAGGAUCAUUAUCAGACACUAAUGGCUUAACUGACUCCAACAACCUGUUUUUUCAGAAGCUAACACAGUCCAAGGAUUGAAUACAAGCACCACUUUCUUUUUAUUGAGGUUUAAUUUGUCUUUCUUGAGCCCAAUAUGUCAUCCGCCAAUCACUCUGACCUACAGUGAAAUAUCCUAAAGGGAUCUAGUUAAUAAGAUGAAUUAAAGCUCAGGAUCCCCUUAUCAGAGAGGCUGCAAUCUUCAAACUGUGAGACUCAACAUUAGGGCUGGGCGAUAAACCGAAAAUUUACCGAUAACGAAAUUUACAACAAUAACCGCAGUCAAUUUAUUUGGUGUCAAAACAAUAAAUAAAUAAAAGUUGGUUUUGGAUGUGUGUAGGUAGGCUAUGGUUUCAUGUCCCUUUAAGACGUGACUCCACCCCAUCCAGUCCGUAACAAAGAGGGAAAGACAGGUGAGGAGAUGGAGGACGGUUCAAAAGCUGUAGCGGCUGAAGUAGACGAAGUUAAUGUGGGAGGGGGUGAGCAGCUUGUAAGAUAAGAUUAGACAAGAUGUUCCUUUAAUAUUCCCUCAGGGGGAGAUUCUGAAAUUACAGCAGCAUAGUUUGAUACAAAAAGAGAAACUAAAAAGAUAAAAAAACUUUGAGUUAAAACAAGAUAUGUGCAUGUGUCAUAUUUACAUCUGUACUAUAAUUAUAGGGUUUCUUGCACAUUGAGGUUCCUGUUGUGGAGUAGUUAUCGUCCAUUUAUUAUUAUCGUGGCGAACUGCUCAAUACAUUGUGAUAUUGAUUUGACGCCAUAUCGCCCAGCCCUACUCAACAUGGAAACACUCGGCUUCAGUGAUGAGUGAAAACUUCCUUCAAUAGGCAGAAACCUCGGGCAGAACCAGACUCGAGGUGAACAGCCAUCUGCUGAGAGUAGGCAGACUGACUUAGUUGUAGCCAUUAUCUUGCUCACCUGUUCAUGAAUGUAUGUAUGAAUGAAUGAGGUUCUGCGGUGUGUGUGAAAUUCCCCAGUAGCAAUCCCUCUUUCAGGGAAACGAAAGUGAGAGUUUCUGCUUCCUCUUUCCCACCGUCAGCUACAUAUUUACCCCCAAAGCUCUCCACUUUGACACUUGCCUCUAGCUGUUCAGUCAUGAAGCAUUAAAACUCGCUCAUCUUCUGGAUUUAUCUAAACCUGUUUAUUACGACCUACAGAAGAUCCUCGGUGAGUCACGGCAGAUUUGCAUGGUCUGAAUUUCUCUCUCUUUCCCUCUCUGGUGUUUUCGUCCACUUCUCUCUGUUUACAGCCUGUUAUCGAAUCAGCAGCUCCAGCCAAGCAUUUGAACCGGUCACAGACUCGUUCCCAGCAUUACCCGUGCAUAUGAGUCUGCAGGAAAUCUGUUAGUCUGCUUUUUUUUUGAAAACUGACUCAAUUUGAGACAUUUCCUGCAGAGAUUUUGGUGCAGUAUAGAGUAUUUUCAAAGCAGUGAACAUGAUAAAACAUAAUUUUAUUAGAUCUUUUUACAGAAAUGUGGCCUUCUUAAAUAUAUCCAUGGGUAGGUAUCCAGUUUUUUUAAGCGUCUUAUUCUUAAUCAGGGCUGUGAGGGGUAUGACAAUGCAGCUUUGACAUUAGACAAAGUGAUUAAGGAUAAGAAAGCAUACUCUCCUAUGCUGUACUGUAUAUUAUCCACUGUGUUUUAGAUAACAGCCGAACAGUGGGGGUUUAGGUUGAGUCUGUGCAGCCAGAUUCCCAGCAGCAGCAUCUGAGCACAAACAAAGUGGCGAAGAGGUAAUAAAAAAUAGUGCUUAGAUUUUAUCUCCCUACAUGCUGUGACGUACUGAGAUCAUUGUUGGAAAUCUUAAAGUUCAUGAAGAAGAAACUAAAGUGUUGGAAAAAGAGGCGAAGGCGUCGUAAAGUGAAGCAUGUAAAGAAUCGAUUCACCAUAAAAGACAAAUUCAGAGGAUUUCUCACUUUUUGCUGGAGGAGCCGUCGUCGUCGUCGCCGCCGUAACCUGGAGCGACAGAAAUAGCUCCUCUACGUUUGGUGUGGGAAAAGUGAAUUGGGUCAUUUUUCCGUUCUGCAGCUCAGUAUAAAGACCUGAUUAGAUUAGCUUUGAUUAGAUUUGCUGUCUGAACGAGGCCUCCUGGAGGGGGUGGGUUGUUGAGCUGAGGCCUCCUUAGAGAGAGGUGGUUGUGGUGGUGGUGGUGGUGGUGGUGAUGGUGAUGGUGGUGAUGGUGGUUGGUGGAGGAGUGAGGAGGGGGGCUUGUUCUGUUAAUAAUGUGCUAAAUUAACCAUCCCGGCUCCUCUCUGCCGGGAGCGACAUGUUUUAUUCAUGUCAGUAGACUAACAGGUGUGACGUGACAGGUGUUACUGCUGUGUUUUUUUUCUAAUUUCUGUCUCUGAUCACAACUCCAGGAAAGUUGUUAAUUGGGUCUCAGUUUUUUUUUAAACGAUUAACGAAUUCCAUGCUGCUGUGAAUUAUCUAAAAAAGGAGCAUUCCUCUUAAUUUCAGUUCAUUUCUAUCUGCUAAAAUUGUCAACAUGACAGUGACGCCUAUUUCUUUGUUACUUUAAGUGCCGUUUAAGUCCCUGCUGACCAACAAUUGUGUUGUAUGAAUGUUGUUUUAUAAAGGUUUUACUGAAGACUGUGUUUACUGUAAUGGUUAAUGAAUGUAUAUUGUGCACUUUAUUGACUUUGUAGCCACGUUGUACUUUGUUGUUUUACGAGGGACCCUUAUGUUUGACGAGCCAUCAAAUGUGACUCUCCUCCUCUAACUGUCGAGCUACACAAACCAAUGUUUAACCAGUGACUUAUAUGCUAAUUAGAUCCGUUAAACUCAGACUGUUCGCAGUUUUAUGGUGUGUAGGGCUGGGCGAUAAAACAAAAAUUUACAGAUACUGAAAUUUACAACAAUAACUGUAAAUUUUCAUUUUGCCCAUAUCGGUGUAUUUGAUAUAUUUGGAUGUGUGUAGGUAGGCUAUGGUCUCAUGUCACUUGAAGACGUGACUCCACCCCACUCAGUCCGUAACAAAGAGGGAAAGACAGGUGAGGAGAUGGAGGACGGUUUAAAAGUUGCAGCAGCUGAAGUAGACAAAGUUCAUGUGGGAGGGGGUGAGCAGCUUGUGGAGUAGUUAUCGUCCAUUUAUCGUGAACUGAUCAAUAUAUCGUGAUAUUGAUUUGAGGCCAUAUCGCCCAGCCCUAGUUGUGUGUGUGGUUUUUAUUUUUAGCAAUUUAAGCUUUGACUAAAAGUGUCUCUAAAAUUUGACCAAAAAGUUGCGUUUGUACUGAAGCACUGAACAGUUGCAGUUCCUCGUGUGCCCACUAGAGGCUUGCUCUAAAGUAAAGGAGUCUCCAGUAACACCUGUGUUAAAACGUACAACUUCACAGCAGAAAUAAUCAUGUUUACAGUCUAGUAUUAUAAAAUUAAUCUGCUUUAAAGACAGUAAGGGAAAAAGUUUUUUGAAUAAUUAGAAAAAGCUUUACCUAUUUGCCUUCUGGUUGACUCAGCAUUUCCAAUACAUAACACGCCAUCAUCAAGCUUUAAAUUCUACUUAAGGAACCACGGGGUGUCGUCUCUGAUAAUACCUCUUAUCAACUCACGAGCUACAGAUAUGCAGCGUCAUUUAGUGGAGACUAAAACCUGAAUUUUAGACUUUUUUUCACAUUUCUGUUGAUCCUAAACGACCCUCGUUUCUGCUUUUUUCCUGGAAGCUGUUUGUUUGUUUACCGGUGAGUCCAGCUUCCUUUUUUCUAAGAAUUAAUUGACCUCAUCAGUCUGUGCGCUCUCUAAGAAUGAGGUGGCAGCUAAACUGAGCAGUAAUUCAUGAAAUCAUGACAAAAAGAUUAUUUUAUUUUAUUUUAAACCAGUUUACUGUCACAGAUGUUGUGGAUAGAAUAUUCAUAGUUCACAUUAUGGACAUUAUACUCAGUGUAGGAGCCGCACAUGUUACUGUAAUCAUAGUAUAACAAACACACAUGCAACAUGCAAGAAAAUAACUGCAGUGUUACGACAAAAGCAGCUUAACUGAAGACUGAAAUUUCUUUGUCAAAACUAAACCCCAUCAGCAUGUAUGACAAACAGAGUUCUGUGCAGCAGCAGCAGCUCCAGACUCCACACUAUAUUCUCAGCAGAGCGGCGUGUAGCUGGCGGCUGUUCCUGCCGCGCUGAAGCAGUAAUUUAUUCAUUGAACAGGUGAAGGCGGUGCAGAGUGGGCCGGUUUCUCCUCGCCUAAUGAAAACCCAAAUCCCUCUGACUCCUGUAAAUUGGUUAGGAGGUGUCAAGUGUCUCCCAACACGUCCCCACCCUCCCCUUCUUCUCCCCCCCUCACACACACUCAGAUUUGACUCAUAAGGUCGUCUCUCUGCAGACAGCAGGGACGUGACACUUUGAUCCUCCAGCUCUUCUCCUUCAAGGACACAAACUGCACACUGGAGUUCAGGCGCACACUCUGACAUGUACCCACACACACACACACUUACACACACACACACACACACACUCAUGUCAGGCACCUCUGAGGCCGUGGGACAGCCCCAUCUGUCUGGGAGCCGGUGGCUGUGACAUUUAAAAUUGAUUACAAAGGCAAAGAUUGAUUAUGAUAAUGUCCACUUAUUUUCACUCAUUACAGAGUUAUGGCCGCUCAGCCAGCUCAUAAAUCACCGCUGUGUCAUCUCCAGCUGAUGGGGAACGAGCCCCAGUGUGAUCAGGGGACGCCGCUGAGGCUGUCAGCGAGAGCGUCCUCACGAUGAGUUCAUUAUUUUGGAGGCUAAGAGUGUUUGAAGUAAAUAUUUGUUUUGCUUUUAGAUUAUAUCUGAUACAGACUCAGAAAUAGACAUUCACCAUCUUUAGCGACAAACAAAACAAGUUUGAAACCGAAUAAACAUAUUUGAUCAUGCAAAACAUGAUUGUUUGACCGCUAAAUCAUUCGACAGCCAAUAUUUAAUGAAGGUAAAGAAAGAAACACAGGAACAUUUUAGAUUAUGAAGGAUUCAGAGGAAGUAUGACUUCUUUAUUAAUCACACCCCCUCUCCUUAAAUCGGCAAUAAAUCAUUGUUUUGCUUUCUCACGUGUCCAUAAUAAUUCCCAUAUUGUUCUAAUUACCAACAAUCUCUGUCCUAUAACAAGAUAUAAACAACAUAUGUGUCUUAAUCUUCUUAAAUCUGCUUAAAUAGUUUAAUGCACAUGAUUUGAUAUAAGUUACUUUGGUGUAAAAGACAUUCUCAUUAGUUUUGUAUUGAGUCAAAAUCAAAUCAUAAAUGAUCAUAAAUUUUCUUGCAUAUUUUUCCACUUUUACAUCAAGAAACUUAAGAAACCUGAAGACAGUUUUUAAGUGAUAUUUCAGCGAAAAAUGGAGUUCAAAAGAGACAGAAUUGAGAGGGAAAAAAUACAUAUGUAAUGAUAACAAAGGCUGUUAUUCCAUGUAUGUUAUCUAUAUGUUAUCUUAGGCAAAAACUUGUUUCAGAUAGUUUUAAAAUAAUUCAUAAAAUAGUAAAAACAUUGAGCUAUAUGACAUAUUUAUAACAGUUGUGAUAUAAGACUCAUAGUUCGACUCAUGUUAAUAGAAUAUUUGGUCUGUUGUCUUUCAGGAUUGGUGAAACAUGUUAUUAUUUAAAGUGAUUUUAGCAGCAAUUAAAUAUAAAUAACUCCCCCCAGUCUGUGUUGAUAAAUUAGACCUUUUUGUUCUUUUUUUAGUUUUGCAAAAAUGUUUCUGCAUCCCUACUAAAAGCAAACACUUGAUUCUUGAUUUAAAGAGAUGAGCUGAAAGGAUCAGGGAAACACUUCUUUGUGUUUCUGAGAUAUCUUGUUUUUUUGCCUCCUGCGAGCGCAUUAAAACUUUUUAUCACUUCGAAGUGCACAAAGUGAAAGAGUUCGAAGCUGUGAUUUGAGAGCGCAGUGUUCCUCUCGGUCUGAAUCCUGGUGAUGUAACUGCUCAGCUUUGGCUGACUCUCUCUUGUUGAUGGUUGGUUGCGUUCUUACGCUCUCAGAGGGAAGGGACGGUUAAACCGGAGAUCUUUUCGGGAAAUAACAUGACCAGACAUGACAAAUAUCCUCAUCUGAAAAAUCUGCUGGAUUCUUUUCCAACUUUUUGACUGCUUUGUUAAAUAACACAUGAGCCUAAGACUGUAAUUCAGCAUUGAUAUUUGUGCACUUUCAGCACAGGAAGCUCACUAUCAUGGAUCUGGAUUUGUUCAGGUCUAAAACAAUCGGUUAAAUUGAUCCAUAGAGGGUGGUCCUCGGAUUUUUUGUCUCUUUGUUUUGAUUUUAAAUUUUGAGUAUUGGUUUGCUGUUUUCGUUUUUUUGUAGUUUUACUUUCUUUUUUGUAGUUAAACUUUCGUUCAGCUAGGGCUGGGCGAUAUGGCCUCAAAUCAAUAUCACGUAAACGUAAACUUGACGUCGGUUAUUGUCGUAAAUUUCGGUAUCUGUAUAUUUUUGUUUUAUCACCCAGCCCUACAUUCAGCUUCACAUUACUGUACUAAUUUGGCUAAAACCAGCUUCAUAGAUCAGCUGAUUUAUAAAAAAAAUAAAGUUAUCAGCUGUUAUUUUUAUUAGCGAGUUAUUUGCUUGUUUUACGUCAUGAGUGUGUCCGUGUUUAUUCCCACCUGAUCAAAGCUAAAGUCGAAACACCAAAUGUUGCCAAAUUUGAGGACAGCAGCUCUGAACCUGCCUGUUGUGACGUACCCUGAAGCAACCGCAAAGUACUUGUAACAACACGGACUCGUAUCUGUCUCACAGUUUUCCUUCUCCUUCAUCUCUCUCUCACGUUCGUCCGAACCGUGAACUCCCGCACCCCAAAAUCUGAGCGCCGUAAAGCACUUUAGCUCUCUACCUUUGUGUUUCAUGUCCCCGUGCUCCCCUCUGCCUCUAAUCUCUCCCAGCACCACUUUGUAACGUCCCCUGUAAUCUUCCCUGCAGCCCUCAGUCACUCUGAGUCACACUUGGGUCAUGGGAACUCACAGCUGCUAGCCCGGCCCCAUGCAGUUGACAGACAGCGAGCUCCAUUUUGGUUUGUUUGCUGAUGCCCAUGAAAAAAAAGGAAGAAAAAAUUGCUCUGCACCUGAAACAAUUUCAGAGUUGGAGUUUGUCGGCGGAGUCUUCUCUGGAAAGUAGGGCAUAGUGUGCAGGCAUGCUGGGACAUCACGCUCAACAUCCACACAGCUCUGAAUCGCAGCUCUGAUACUGUAAAAUGAUUAAAAUCAUAGUUUUAUCUCACAAAUACUCUCUAACCUUUUAUUUCACUCUUGCACUUUGAGCGUUAUGAUUUGAUAUCUGUGAAACAAACUUUAAAACAUUCAGACUUUUCUGUUUACUCUAAAGUUUCCUCGCCAGUUUGGGACUUUUCAAGAUGAAGAGUUUGCAUAGAGAGUUAAGCACAUAGUCACAUUUUUAUGUGAUACUAAGUGUUUGGGAUUCGUGACACUUUUAAAACACAACUUUGAUCAUCAUUGUGGAUGUUUAAAGUUGAUUGUGUUUAUUAGAAACACUUUAGGAUAGUUUUUCCGUAAUUCGACUAAUAACUUUGGACUUUUUCUAAUUUUUCCAAAAGUAUCAGGAAAUAUUGACGCUGUUAUGUUUAGUUUUUUUUUUUGGACAUUAAACCAUGAUGUAAAAAUCUGAUAUUUUGACAGCAAUGUCUUUAUUUAAAGGACCAGAUUUGAUCAGUUUGACAGUCAGGUAGGAGCUAGCUUUGUGUUUUUGCUUUGUAAUGAACAAAAAAAGGUGAAAAACAUCAGCUGAAUUGGUUAUAAAUUCUCAGUGAUUUCCUAGCAGUGACAACAAUCCAGAGGUUUCCCUUUUGAGCAGAAGAUGCUGAUCCAGGAUUUCCAAAAAGACCACCAAAUUUUGCCCUUCACCUCAUUCAGGCCUUACUUCUUAAAGGCAAAAACAGAAAAAUACCGGUCCAAGCUGUCUAAAGUAUUCCUUUGUCUCUUUUCAGCUCAUAAUACCUGUCCACAAACGUUUAUCAGUAUUGAUCCCAUCAGCCCAAAUGUCUCCCUUGCCAUUUGACUUAAAAGCCACUCUGAGUUCCAAAUAGAUCCCCACGGAAAAGGCCGGAAAGAUGAAUCCCCCCCCAUUGGAAAUCAAUAUAUUACCACAGAAAGUGCCCUUGAGCAAGUUAUCAAAUCGCUGCGAGUUCCAGAGGUGCUGACCUCCCUGUGGAGCGGAGAAAAGAUGAACCUCUCUGCCCUCUGGGAUCGAUACGAGAGAAGAAAUCCAGGAGUGAUCUAGUGAGAGAAAAGCAGAUUCACUUUCUGACUCUGAAUCUACGUUAUCGUCAUAAAACAGACGUGUCCAGUGGAAUAAAUAAACAGUAUUUCACUGUUUUCCGGGUGAAUGUUUAGUUCUUCGAUAGAACACUCGUUAACCGGCCUCGGGCGCCUGGAAGCUAAUCAGUGACAACAGCGUGGGAACAAGACUUCUUUCCCAUCGUUACUCACCUUUUAUGCAAAAUAUGAAAGUGUGAGAGCGUGUGAGUGAAAGCACUCGUGUGUCUGAGUGACGGCAGCUCAUAUCUGAGUUUCUGUGUGAACCCUGCAUCACAUGUGCACGCCCAUGUUUUCGAGUGAGAAUAUCUGAGUUUCUUUGUGUCUGUAUUAGCGGUGCACUAUGAUAACCUCUGCCCUCUCUCUCUCUCUCUUUCAGCGAGCAUACACUGUGAUGGUGGAGGCGUGGGACAGGGAUAAUGGAACACACAGCAACGGUAAGGAUCAUAAAAACACGGUGUUACCAUGCAUUAUCUAUCUACACACUUUAUUCUCACUUAGACACUUCUCCUCUUUAAGUUGCAUCACUUACUUUAGCAACAUGCUUAAAACGGCUCUAAAGAGACCGGUUUCUGGAGUUUUAAAAGAGGAUGGAUGUCUAAAUCCUGGACUUUCUGCCUUGAUUUGGGGUCUCCUUUGGCGUAUUUUUGGUUUCUUGAUUUCUUGAGGUUGCAGGCAGGUCAAGUUGAGCACCAGGACCCUUCUACUACAGAGCCAUUCUGUUCAAAUACAUGCAGAUUUUAGUUUGUCAUCUCUUUGCUGUACUGUUUAAGGUCUUAACUGAAAAAGGCGCCAUCUGAAGGGCAGCAUAUGUCGCUCCAAACCCUGUAUGUAUUGAUUAGCAUUAAUGGCGCCCUCCCAGAUGUUUUAAAUACCCAUGAAUUGGGUUCAUAUGCAUCCCACAAACCCCAGAAGAUCCACGAUUUCCAAAAAGAAUGUAAAUUUGUCUUAACCAGACCACAUGACAGUUCUACUUUUUGCCCCAGAUCAUCUUAAAUGGGCAUGGUUCGAGUGUUUUUAAGUCGUGUUUCAGUAAGGAUUCCUCUGUGUUGGGAUUUCCACUGCAGAGUCAUGUCUGUUUUUGACCUUGUACAGAGGUUUCUUCAGAUUUUUUCACUCUUUUUAUUUAACUAGGGUUAGUUUGGAGAUGUUGCUCUAUGUUUGAUUACGGUAUUGCACAAAUUUUCAAUAAAAAAACCCUAAAUUUUAAUUUAUUGAUGUCGUUUUUGCACUUUUUUAAAAUCAAAUAUAGAGUUUGACUGAUUUCCCAACCAGCAAAUUCUGUCUUUAAUCGACUUUUUGCCCAGCAGUACAGUUUUCUUGGAAUUGGGGUGUCCACAUAAACAAACUUUUAAAUGUGAUGAUGUGCGAGUCCAGGUUUUGUUCAGUGUUUUGGCGUGCAUGGCUGAUUAUUAUGGCUUUGGCGUGUGCACCCCACCAAUUCCAAAUAGUUUGGUAGAAAUCUCAGGAGUCCUCUGGAUUCACCCUGAAGGUCUUGGCCCUGAUUUAAUUUCUCUCAUUAGGUUUCAUUGUUGACGCAUGAAAAGACUGAGCUAACAGAGGCUAAGUUGGUUAGUUUGUCUCUCAAGAAGGAUGAGCAUGAAGGUCCUCAGCAAACACAACGAAAACUGAGACCACCAGAGUUUGGACUCGUUGCGCCAAAGUAAAGAUUGAAAUUAUCUCCCACCCUUGGGUGUAGAUGUUUGUGUUGCACUUGUGUCGUGGCCAAAAGAUAGGCAAAGAUGUGGAAAGCUGUGAAUUCUGCGAUGAAUUCCACCAUUGAUAAAUAAUUAAAGCACUGGGAAACCGAGAAGCUGCGACCCAACCCAAUUUAUCAUUGGAUUAAAUUAAUCAUCUAUCCACCCUCCGUGCAACUUUGCAGAAGUAGUUCUUGCAAAAGAGGUGUGCAUGCACCACCAUGAUUAUGCCAGAUUGAUGAAUAUGUGCAAGUCGUUCUCACAGGUGGUAAUCCAGUUGGCUUGGCUUGGAAACCAAUCGUAAAAUCUCUGAGCCUGUUUUUGGGAUGUUACCAAUGUUUAACUUGUGAACGAGGGUGUAAAAUCAACCCGCAGAGCCAAAAGAAUCGGUUCUGACCUGCCUGCACAAUGACGUCUUUCGUUUGCAGCUGCAUCCUGUUUAUACUCACGUCUUAAAUCUUGGCGCUGUUGGACCAUGGCGUUCCCUUAAUACCACUGGGAGGAAGAAGGGUUAAUUGAGGGAUGUAAUCUAAGCAAUAGGACAAUGUUUUUUUUUUUCUUCAAGCUUUGGCUCGAUGUUUAUUACAGCUGAUUCGAGGCUCACAUCGAUUGAUGACAAUGGCUGCCUUUGUUGUGCCUCUGUUACGACCACAUUUGAGGUUGUCUCUGCACCUAAAUACCUUCAGAUUUGUUCAGGGUCAGUGUGGCUCGAAAGCCCCAGGUGUUGGUAAUGGAUUGGGACAAAUCUGAUGGCUGAUAUGAUGCUGUCAUGGUUUGUUCCUGAUGUUCCUGAUAAUCGAUGCUGGAGCAGAUGUUUUAAACUCAUGUGACACAGGUUUGAUGUGUGAAUUCAGCCUUUAUGUAGAGUUGGUAGAUUUAGGGUUUGAUAAGCUUGGGGUUGUAACUGGACUGUUUAUCAGGAGGUGGAACAUCAUCUUGAACCUCCUGACCAGGUCUUCUUAUGACAUCCUACCUUUGAGAAAAGAUAAGGUCGUGGUACCACCCCCAGUUUUUCGGUUCAUCAUGUCUCCCAUUCCUCCAGACUUUCUGACCCAGAUUCAAGUGUUGCCGCCGGGAAGAACUAACCUUUCGCUUUUAUUUUUUAAGCUAGAAAAGUUCAUUUUAAGCACGCCGACACAUUAGCAGCUGCUGCAGAUCCGAGAAGGAAUGCCAAGCAGUAAACCUAAGUCACGAUACCAAACACCUGUAAUCCUUUGACUAAAAUGAAAGGAAUGGUAGAUGUGUGCCACGGUUUAUGAUUUUUGCCCUGAGCGAGCAUGUCACUCUGACAUUCAAGACUCAGAACCUGAACAGUCAUAAAACUCAUAAGCUAUGGGCUAAGGUGUGGACACAACGAUCUGUGCCAUGGUUGUACUCUAACUUUGCCAUGUCCUCUUCUAAGAUAAUUAACCCGUUAACUCUGAGUCGCAGUGCUUCUUUUUAAACCCUGUCUUCUUUCCGCUGAUGUCCAUCUCCUCUUGACAGCUGUCCUGCUACCGUACGCCACUUUAUUAUCCUGAAACACUCUUGACAGGCCGGCUUCCACACAGCCUCGGAUGUUAAUUCUGAAGUUAGGACACUUAAGUCUUUGCUUACAAGACCACCUGUAGAUGUGUCAGUGUGGCGGUCGGAGGGGGGGACGCUUUAAUGAUCCUCAAAGAGGCGAGGUUGGCAAGCACUGACAGGAAGUGCCGACACCUCGACCGCCGUGUCCCAUCUUGUAGACUUGGACUGAGUGUUUCUCUCAGUGCGUGAUUACAAGUUUGAUCCCAUAAUCUGACAGUAAGUCUGUCAGCAGCCAUGUGUCCUGUCAAAGUGAAACUCCACUCGCUUGCGUCAUUCAAAGUCACGCCGGAGGGGCUAAAAAAUGAAUCUGCUGUGAUGGUCAUCCACUUUCACUCAUCUGAUUCCGCCUCAGUUUGGGGUUUCCUACAGUCACAGAGCAGGCACGAACCUGCCUUAUCCGAAGGUGUUUUGUGUGACAUGCAAAAAGUACAAUCAUUAGUGAUUCUGCAGAACAAUUAAAGAGAGAGAGAGUGGUAAUCUGUGACAGACCAGGUGUGAACAGGAAUCAGAGUUUAAGGAUGUCGUGAUCAGGUUUGAUUUGCCCCAGAGCCCGUGUCGAGUCCUCUGAUUGUGUGCCAGUAGACCUAACUAUGAUAUCAUACGUAAUAAAGAAAACAUACUGUGUAUAAAAGUAGAUAAAACAAGUUUGACAGUGAGAUAACUCUGCUUACUGAAAACAACUUGCUGCUUUUUAUAUGUUGCCAAGUGGGAGAAGAUUUUGAAGAGAUUUCUACUGAAAUGACGCCUUCCUUGACAGAUCGAACUACCAUAAAUUUUGGUGAAAUUUGCCUUUUAUACUUUUUUUUGCCAUCUUAAAAGUAAGCUGCAUCACUGCUGCUACCAUUAUACCAAUAUAAGAUGAGGAAAGGGGUCCUCUAUAUGGGUAGCAGGGGUUCAUUCAUACGACUACACGACUACAUUACCAGCAGCUAGAAGGAGGUAUUAGAAACAGCUACACAGCUGUAGGUCUGCCAGGAUUAUCCAAUUAAUCGAUUAAUUGCAAUAAUAAUCGUAUCAGAUUAAUUGUUUGUGGCAGCCCUACACAGCUACAUGGAAACUUGACAUUGCUGAAUUUUAAAAAAAGUUGUGAAACAUUUUUUCAUCUUCUGUCUUUUUUUAACCUCUGCAAAUUUAAACGGUUAUUUAAGCUCGUUUGCUAAAAAUAACCGUUAAAGUCAUACAUGACGUCUUUUACUUGUAGAUUGUGAGGAUUUGCUGGUUUUCCUCAUUCCUUCUCUUUUAAUUCUCAAAUCAACUGAUUCGAUCAGUUUCCAAGUAAAUCAGUUAAUCGUCUGCAAAUUGUCAAAUAUGGGUAGAAAAGCUUAUUUCUCAAAGCCUGUUUUUAUUUAUCUUAAUCAUUUAAUUUAUUUGAUCAUUUGUUCAAAAACCUAAAAAUCUUCAAUCGUUGUUACUAAGUUAUUCCAAAGGUUUGAUGUUUCUGCAGGAUUAAAUGAGCACCACCUUUGUUUUUGACAUUAAUAGGAAUAUCAGUGUCAGUAAAAGUAACUGUUAUAACUUGCGUUUGUAUUUUUCCAGCGUUGCAAAGGUUAAUCACACUUUAUAAGCUGUACACUAAUCCAUUUAAGGAUGUCCUGCAGGUAUCACAUGACACUCUUAAGUAUAAGUACAGUUAUCUGGCAAAAAAAACCCCAAAAUAAUGGCAUCAUGGCAACAAUCAUCAUAAUUAAGAGAUUACAACAAAAUAGCUUCAAGUGCAUGUGGUCGGUUUUCCCCCUCCGAGGAGUCGGUGGAUGUUUUGAGACGCCACGAUUCCAGUUUCCUGCCCUGAGUUACAGUCUGUGCUGCAGGAGCUUUGUGUGAACAGGUCUGGGCAGCAGGUUGGAGAGGCCUCAGGAAAAAGAAGGCUUUGUGAAGGCUGUUUAUGCUUCAGGAAGCCCCCGCCUGUUUAAAAACAAAACAGAAAUGGCAGAAGAAAAGAGGACAGAGCUGUUGUUGACUCUGUGGGUUGGUGGAUUUUUUGGCUCGUAUGGAGCUUCACUGGAGGGUGAAGAUUUACCGAUACUGGGCUUGUGCCAGACGCUGAGCUGAUAGGAGUAAAACAUCUGGAUUGGAGAAUCUUUAUGGAAACAGUCGACGGAAAUGUCUGAUAAUUUCCUUUACUUCCCAGCAACGCACAAUUAAUCCAGCUGACAAGUGACGUGUUUGCAUCCAGAGCCUUCGACUGCAUGUCUUACACCCCAGAUUUAACAUCCUCCUUAUUGGCACCUUUAGGGAAUUAUUAACCUUUACACCGCUAAGAACUUUCAUCUUUACAUUAUCGAAAAGUUAAGUGGAAGCCUAUUCAUGAAGAUUAAAGUGAGCACAGAAAAUUAAGUAAUUUGCUUUACUGACAUGGAAGCGUGUGCCAAACUGUAAAAUAGCAAUAAAAAGAACUUAUUUAAAGUUUUGGCGAACACGGAGCAGCCUUUGAAAUUCAAUCAAGUGUAAUUUUUGCGUCUUACGAUUUCCGUGACACUUUCAUAAGUGUUUUGAUGCAGUUAACUCCACCCGGCUGGAGCGCCUAACAGGUUAAAACAAAUCCACCAAGAGCAGAAAAGGUCACUGAAGUCAUUUAAAGCUCUUUGAUGUAACCUUGUGAUUAUUAAUGAUGUGAUUUGAUCAUAAAAGGAGAAAAAAAAGAGGAAGAAAAAAAAGUUUUGACUACCUGGAUACUUCCCAAAACAAAAUAGCUCCUUAACAACCAGGUUAUUGUCACUGAAUCACUGUUAGUGUGCAGAAAAUAACACUUUCUCUGACUUUUUACUGUUGUAAUUUUGCAUGCAUUUCUCAGUCCUCUGCACUUCAUUCCUUCUGCAAAUCCUGAGCAGAUCUAUACGGACCAGAUGGAUCCGAAAAUAUGACGUGUUUCUGAGAAAAUAAGAAAAUCAGACGUCUGGUUAAGUGGAGGAAAAAUUAACAGACGCAUGUGAACCUGCAGCGGGAGCUCAGCUUUGACUCCGGUUAAAUGGUCACCACUGUUACAAGCUAAAAGCUGUAAGAAGGUCAAAGGUCAGAGCUUAAGUGCCACAGCCCUCUAACAUAACACUCCAGUUACAAGCAGCUUGUUGCAUCGAAGCACAAACUACUGUGUCGGUAAAACGAAUCUCCUCUUCACACGGACAAUCACGCCGCUCUCGAAAUGAUCAGCUGCUCAGAUCUGAAGCCCCUGGUUGUUUAUAUAAGCCGGUUUUAUAUGGCCCACUCUCUCCUGCUCUCCCUAGUAACAACAGCCUCUCUUAGCGUGUCUCUUCCAGUACAGAGAAAGCUCAUGAUUGGUCUAUAUUUUUAUAUCUAAUUGCUGGAGAUGAACAGCAGUGAGUGAGUGAGUGAGUGAGUGCCUGGGUGUUUCAGGUGGUGGGUGUGGGACUGAAAUCUGUGGCAGUGUGUUAGCUCACAGAGAGACUUGGUAAAUCAGGACAGUGUGAAAAUGGAUCUUAUUAAGCGGUGUAAAACUUCACGAGAUAAUCAGAGUAUUCAAGCGCAGAAAAAAGGCUCAAGUUGAUAUUUUCUUAGACGCUUACUUCCUUAAAUCUUAAGAGUGAAAAGAGCUCACAGAUGUCCAUGAUGUGUGAAGUAUUCGGUGCUAAUUUGUUAUAUUUUCGGUAAAACCCAGCCGUGUUUCUCGGUGGAUUCACUCCAUUAACUGGACAACAACACUGCGAGCGAUGACGAUGAGUACUUCCUCCCGGCUCUGUCAAGUCCAGGUCACUCAGGGCUCCACAAGCCGCGCCGGCAGCGAAGCCUGCUGGGUCAUGGUUCUUCUGUUCCUUGAGAACAAGCUAAAGGGUCUUUCCUAUGUCGCCCUUCCUCGUCUGUUCCCCGUCUCUUAUUAUUUCCGGCCUGGCUCCGAUGGAGUCGAGGCUGGAUAUCCUGAGAAGGGGCGGUGAGGAGGAGAGGAGGAGGAGGGGGUUGAGGACAGAAAAGAAUUUCACCAAGCAGGAAAACUGAAAAAGCGUUUUGGUUAUCAAGCCCUCGCAGACCUCCUACACCCUCUGUUUGUUCUCGCUUAAUUUUCCUCUUUUUUUUUUUUUCUUCCUCCACAUUCUUGGUGGAACAGAUGGAUGUCCAAGUGGAGGUCACGCCUUCCCUCUGAUGUGUGCUAACAACGGGCAUUCUUCGAAGUCUCAUGGACCGUUUUUAUCUCUCUAAACACGGGGUUGCGGGGUCAAAUCCCGUGAACGGAAUCAGCCUUGCUCGUGGAAUGUCAUUCAGAAUUUUUGUUUUUCAGACUCUGCUAUCUAUCUGACCCAAAUUCUUGACCCGCCGAGUGUUUUGAAUUCUUUCUGCGGAGAUAAAAAGUUUGCGUAUUAGUCUUUUUAGCGCCACAUUUAGCUCCCUCAAAAGAUUAUAGUCCUUUAAUAGCUUGACUUUUAUAAUCAGCGAGGAAACCGUCAGCUUUGAGUUGAUGUUAGCCGCUAGCAGUGGUGGCUAGCUACGGUUUGGACUUGACUGACUGGUUCUGGGUGCUUUCAAAACUGCUAUGAACACUGCUAUUUGGCACCCUGUGUAAAAAAUUCCUAAAGUUUGUCCACAGCUCCAUAGGGAUUGCUGGAGAAGGCGGGAUUAAUGACCUAUACUGCAGCCCGUCACCAGAGGGUGCUGUUCACGCCGUGGAAUGAUAAAUGAUUAAGUCACUUUUUAACAUGUCUAUUCAUUUUUUUUCUCUCCUGUCCAGACGAAGAGCUGCUGAUCGAGCGCAGCAUCCACAAAGGGAUGAUCAACCCCGGGGAGGAGAAGCAGACGGUGGAGUACAAGAGCUCGUUCGCCAAACUGGAGUACACCAUCCGCGUUCGCUGCAACGAACACUACUACGGCAGCAAGUGCAACAAAGUGUGCCGGCCGCGGGACGACUACUUCGGCCAUUAUGUGUGCGACCAGUUUGGGAACAGAGAGUGUAUGGAGGGCUGGACGGCACACGACUGCAAAGCAGGUACAGAGAAGACCGCAGUGGAACCAUGUUUUCAUCUGUUCAUGAUUAACUACUGACGGAUAUAUAUAUUUAUUAACAUCAGGUAGGGCUGGGCGAUAUGGGAAAAAGUUCAUCACUAUAUGUUUUUUUUUGUUGAUAUAAAAUAUCACGAUAUAAAAAAUGAAUUUAUUGGUAGCAUGUUUUUUGCAAUACAAUAGGCUACUGCAUCUGUGAGGUCUUUGUGUCUCUUCGUUUAGAUAUUUAGUUGUGAGGCGUUGCGUUAGAGAAAGCGGACUGGAUGUUUUGGCUGCAUCUGCAUUUCUGCGGGGGUAGCACUCAUUUUUUUCUCACCGCCAGUGCUGUCGGCCUCACAUGUUGCGUGCUAUGGUUCAAUCAAUCAAUCAACCAAAUUUUAUUUAUAUAGCGCCAAUUCACAACAGUCGUCAUCUCAAGACGCUUUUCAAAGAACAAGAGCAGGUCUAGACCACGCUCAUUGUUUGAUGAUCAAGAACCAACCUAAGGUGGGUUUUGGCCCAUCUCAUCUAACAUAUGGUUGCGUGUAGUUGCAGCCUGCUACUAUCCAGUUGUUUGCUACUUGGUCCUAAUUCAGCACGAUUGUUUCAGCGCGGUGCAGACCCGGAGCAACUCCUCUUUUCUUUGGCGAAUUAUAUAGUGUAUCAAAACAUGGCAGAAUUCCGGCAAUCGAAAAGCAUAUUGACCAUGUUUCAUAUCGAUAUCGAGGGGAAUUAAUUUUCGAUAUAUAUCAUGAUUGUUUUAUCGCCCAGCCCUAACAUCAGGUCCUGAGUGAUUCAUGAGCGUGUCUCUUAGAUCUAGGGUACAUAAGAUGUUUCUAUAAGAUAAGAGGAGAUGUCCCUUUCAUAGUCCCAUGAGAGAAAAUUCCAAAUUCACGAAAUACAUUCACGACAUGACUCCUCGGCAUGGAUUGAAAUGCGUCUUUUUAACCGAACAUGUUGCAACGCUGUUUCUUGCAUCCGAUGUGCAAGCUUUGCACGAACUCUGGGCAUCUCAAACAGUUCCUUCCAAGAGAGUAAAUGUUAACAAAGGUGAACGGAGAACUAGAUAAUUACAGCUUUCUAUAGAAAAAUGUAAGAAAAACCCACAUGCACUAAAAGCCGAUCCAUUAGUGUUGAGCCUGUUGAGUCACAAGUCAGGAGUUUUGUACAAUCUGUUUUGCACCCGAGCGUUUGUAUUUCCCGGCGUCUGUAUCCCAUUUCCUUUUUGCGGUGAUGACUGAAAAAGUUUCUCCAAAAGUGCUAAUAAAAUAAGGGAAAAACAAAGCCAUCAAAAUCAGAACCAAACGUUUUCGAGCCCCUUUGAUCGCACAGUCAUUGUUUUUUUUCCAGUUUGUGCGUCCUUCUUGUCACUUACAGGAAAAGUUGUUUCGAGCUAAUAGAAGUUCAAGCCAAGUGUCACCUCGCAGGAAUGCCGAGAAUGUUUGGAAACCUUCGUCACCUUUUAAUUUUUUUCCGACAAUAACUUUACAAUCCAUUGUUGCCGCAGCCAAGACUCUCGGGCUUCUAACAAACAAGAAAACACAGGAAAUGGGAUAUUAAUGAUUCCACCAUCUGCAACACGACGCGCCAGACAAGGACUUGGAAAUGAUUUGAUGUUGUUGUUUUGAAAUGCUGCUGAAAUUAUGAUUCAGUGUCAGAUUUUGGACGGACAUUAACAGAAACUUUUCGCUCUCUUUCUGUCUUUCUACUUUAUCCAAAAGCCAUCUGCAAGCAGGGAUGCAGCCUCCAGCACGGGACGUGCAGCGUGCCGGGUGAAUGCAAGUGAGUCAACCUCCUUCACCUCAUCUCUUCGCACUUUAUUUGUCCACCUUCAGCGCCGCUUCCGGGCGGCGAGAAAAUAUGCUCUUGUUUGGAUGGAAACGUCACGUAAGAGUUGAACUAGGAUGAAAACAGUGACACAACAGAGUGAUGAGGCACUGUGGGAGGGGGGAGGAGGAGGGCGAGGGGGGUGUUAGAUUGUUGGAUUGUUGAUAACAUACCAAGCAUGCUAACCUCUUACACCCCCCCAGUGCUGGUCCUGUAAAGUGCCCCCCAUCCCUCAGCUCCACUCUGAUCCAGAAGCCAUUGUUCUGCUUCCUGUUCUAAAGCUGGCCUGCUCCUGCUCCACACACACUCACCGUACACACACACACACGCACACACAGAUACAGAGGUUUGUUUUUGUUGCUAUAUGUUUCCUCCCUCGUCCUCCUCCAGUAGCAGAAAGGCACUGUGCCCCCUGUCCCCCUCCCCUCUAAACACCCUCUUCUGUCUGCAGCCCACAUCACCUCUUCCUAUCCCGGGCCUUGUUAUGGCUACUACUCUGUGUAGAUUCCACUAAACAAGCUGCAGACAACAUGCAGAGAGGGAGGCUGAGGGGUGAGGGGGUAAACCCGGCUUUAACAGAUACUGGGGACGUGUUAUUCAAGGUCUUCUGGAUGGUUUGUGAUCUUCAGUGUAGUCAUCCCAAAAUGCAAACUUGUAACCUUGACGAGUUAUUUAAAACCUUCAUCCUGAUGCAGUUUGUAAAGAAGGACUGAGUUGAUCAGAUUAAAAACAGUCUUUCUGUCUCCACACACCAAGCGUGAGUAAAAUCAUUCGCGCGAAUGAAUUACAUGUUAAGUCAGUGCAAAGACACGAUUAGACACUCUUUCUACUCAAUUGCAAAUGACGCAAAUUGGGAAAUACGCUUAAUUUUUUUUUUGUAGGGUGGUAAGGGAAGGUCCCGUCCUCCUUCGCCUCUAAUUGGCAAGAAGUGCUGGGCUCUGAUUGGUUAUUCCAUAUGGCUGUGAAACGUCAUCGUCUGCCUGGUCAGGGUUGGGCGAUUCAGAAGUGAGAUAAUGUUCUGUUCGAUGUACAGAGCAGACAGUCGUGUUUUGCUUGAGUGUGUGAUGACGUUUCCAGCUUUUCUAGCCAAUCAGAGGCGAAGGAGGCGGGACUUUACCCUACCAUCCUAUAAAAAUAAAAAAAAACAUUGCAAUCGGGUGUGAGCUGAAAAUGUCUCAACUUGAGCGGAUAUCCGCGUCACGAUAACCAACCAAUAUGAUACCUUUUCUUUCAAUUAACGAAACCGGAAUAAAAAGGAGCUUGCCUGGAGGAAAGUGAGUGAAGAGAUCGGAUUACCUGGUAAAUUGUAAAAAUCUUUGUCUAUCACUUGAUUCCACCAGUUGAAUUGGCAGAGUUGGAAUUACUGUUGACGCGUGAAUGAAGCGAGUAAAUACUAUUCAUUCACGCGUCUGCUGUAAUUUCUGCUGUAAGAAUGGGAAUCUUUUGGCUCUAGUGGUCAAUCAAGGAACUGCAGCCUUGUGCAUUCCUGUCUUGGCUUCAUUCAUCCAUCAUAAAGGCUUCAGCUUGGUUCGAGCCAACUCAGCUCUCUCUGUCACUGUUUAUCCAUCACACAUCAAAUCUUCUGUGCAAUAUUGAAUAUACUUAUAAUUUAUGCUCCUAAAUGUCCCGUAUUUUCCUGAAACAUUUGAAAUCACCACGGUGAUAAUCGCUCUCAUCGCAUCAAAGGUACGGCUCAUCUUGAGGUCACACGCACACAAAUUAUCACUGAGGAAAAAAAAGUAUAAUGAGCGUAUUAAGUUAAUAUUUCAAUUUGACAUGGUAGCGCAUAAAUAAUUUCAAACAGGCAGGAACUAGAAUCUAAUGAAAGCAAUCCAAUGUUGCACAAGUAGAGUAUGUAAGUGUGUUUUAGUUUCAUCCUGAGGAAAAAGAGUUUGGCUCAAGAACAACCCAGCUCCAGAUUCUUACCAGCAAUGCUGCUGUAAACUUGUAAAUAUCUGUUUUGAUACUCGAACAAUCGCAGCUGUCAGCGCGGUCAAUUGGCUCAUACAUAAACGGGCCGCAGGCAAGAGAGCGAAGACCCGUAAUAUGGCCGCACAGCGUUUCAAAAAGGCUGACUAGACAGUUGUAGUCGCAGAAGAAGAGACAGCAGACAGAGAAACUUAGAUUUGAUUACAUGUGGAACUGAACUGUACAUUUCAACACGGCGCAACACGAGAGCUUUCGCAAAAGGGAAACUGCAGACGCGUAGAAAACACACAGUAAAAAAAAAAGAGGAGGAGAGGGGAGAAAGGAGGGAAGGAGAGUUUUAUACCGAGGCAGGUUUGAUUUAGUAAAGAUCUCAUAAAAAGAGAAAAUGAAGCUGACAUUUCUCACUGGAAAUGGCCGGAGGAAUGGAAGAGAGAGGAACACCCUGGAAUGUGUCUCAACAUGUGAUUUGGAGCUUCAUUGCAAUCAGGGGAACACACACACAGACACACACACACAUACACACAGAUAUGUACAGUACACACACACCGUACAAAGACAGAGGAAGAUGACGGAUAACAUCCAUUCAGUUAGGAGGAAUAAAAGAGUUUUUGUUGGUAAUCUAAAGGGACGGUUCGCAUAAAUCAAAAGUGAAACAUGAAGUCAGGAGUGUGCAUGCAGAGGGGAGAUGAGGCUGGGAGAGCAGCAGCAAAGACCUCUGGGGUACAGAACAGACUGAGAAUAUAUACAAGGAGGAGCAGGGUGGAGGUGGGCUGCAGAGGAAGCGGUAAAAUGAGAUGAGGCUGAACAGAACAAUCAAAAUAUCAGAGGUGAAAGAAACAUUGGCCAAAACUGCAAAACCAAAAACUCCAAAAUACCCUAAAAGUCCCACUCUGAUUGUUUUUUCUUAACUACUUAACGUCUUAUCAGUGGUCUUUAAAUUGUGAUUAUAAAGUUUUUACCAAAAAUCGCGUUACCUGCCUCAUUUUCAAGAGCUUUUUCUUUUGCAGAGCUUGAGUUUGUGACCAAUUUGCGUUGUGGGAGGAGACAGCACUGCUCUGCACACUCGUCUUCACGUUAGCUCUCAGCCUAACAUUGCCGGUGUUGUAGAAGACGCAGGAAACAUAGGAGCUAUUCAGCUUUCAGACACUAAUGUCUUUAGGGACGUGAUGAAAGUUAAUGUCAUAAUUAGCCUUCUUACUCACACGCUUGUUCAGCGAUCGUCCUCUCUUCUUCUCCGAAUCUGGCCUGCAUAGCGGGGCUCUGGGGGCGGAGCUUGGAAUUGUGACAUAGGAAAUCUCACUGUAGCUGAACCUGCCGUUUAGGUCUGCUAAAGAUUCACAGCCAUUUGAAUAAAGAAAUACUCAAAAAUGCAGUUUCGCAUUUAGUUUUCUCAUGAUACGUCCUGUAGCAUCAGAAAAAAGCCAUAUGAACAUGUAAAAAACAAGAGAAACAAGAUUUUCAUCGGAGUGGGUCUUUAAGCUUAAAAAUGUAAUCAAACUGUGAGAUGGUGAAACAAAAUUCAAGUGGAGAGGGUGAAUAAACCGACAGAAUAAGGCGGAGAAAUUGAGAAAACUGACUGAGAGAGAAACUGAGAGGCAAAAGGGGGAAAAAAAGAUCUCAGACUGGCACAGGAAAACUAAAAAUGUGUGUUUGGUAUCUUGUUUCUUACACACAGUGCAUUCACAACCUACGCUCCCUCAUGUGACACUACUAAACAUGUAGCUAGGCAACAGCGGGCUAAGUCCGUCCAGUGGAUUUGGGUGCGAGGCUUGCCUGUAAAUAAUUCAGCAGUCAAACUCACUCACACACACACACACAAAGUGGAAACACAUACACUCUGAGCCCCCUCUACCUCUGCUCCUGCCCACCACUCCGUCCCCUGGGUGUGGUUUGUCUGAGCGGGGGCUUGUGGGCAGGCGGGGGUAUUUUCAGCUCCGUCUGGCCCCUACCAUUGAUGGCACAGCAGCGGGCCCCGACGACGGGGCUUGUGGGUAAUGCCACCCUUGGCCUGUGGCUGCCCGAAACCAUUUCCCCCGCUUUCUCCCACACUGCAGCCAGACAGACUGUCCACGCUGUCACCACGGCUGCACGGCUGACAGUGUGCAGGGCACCGCCGGCAACCGCAGUGCUGGACAGCACCACAAAGUGUAGUAAACAAUACACAGCAGUGUCACACACAGACUGACAGUACACACACUCACACACAUUCACAUAAAAUGGGCUUCAGCCAUCAAAUAAAAUCAGAUUAAAGUUACUGCGGCUGGGCUCGCAGUUAAAUCCGUUCCAGCUAACAAAUUGUGCGUGUUUGUGCACAUUUACAGACGACCAGAGCUCCGGUGUGGCUGCAGUUUUAUUGUCUUUAGCUUUCAUCACCAAUAUUUGAUAAACAAACUCAACUUUUUAUAGAAAUUUAAAGAUCUGGAUCAGAUUUUUAGACGCCCUGAAGCAGAGUCAUUCUUGAAAUUGUUCUGAUUUUGCAUCAGCGAUACUGAACUCCCUGCAGCUUUUGUGCUGGGACAGUGUGUCUUUUCAAAGAUAUUGAAGGAUCCUGAUCACCUGACAAAAUGAGCAAGCGAGGUCAAAAAUGUUGAUUUGCACAGCGCCUUGUUUCAAAAUGCAGGAUGUUGUGAUUAACUGUAGCUGCAGUUUCUUCAAAAGUUGAAAAGUUAUAAGAUCGUUACUAUUUAAAUAGUGUUAAAACCCAAAUCCACAAAGAGCGACACACCCUGGUACAGGUUGUUAAAAAAAAAAAAAAAAAAACUUUUUAUUUUUUAUUUUUAUUUUUUUGCUGUAAAUUUGACUUUUUAGACUGGGUGUGUAUGCAGCUUUGAGGACUUUUGCAGGCAGCCUCAAGUGGACACUCAAGGAACUGCAGCUUUUAGCUUCAUUAGGUCCAGUGUUAGAAUAUCAGUUUUUUACCCCAUCAAGAGUUAUGCUUAAAUCUGCAUAAUUAGGGGCGUGGCUGAAAUGACUGACGGUUAAGUGUAGAGCUGGGCGAUAUGGCCUCAAAUCAAUAUCACGAUAUAUUGAUCAGUUCGCCUCGCUAACAGUAAGUGGACGAUAACUACUCCACAAGCUGCUCACCCCCUCCCACAUUAACUUCGUCUACUUCAGCCACUACAACUUUUGAACCGUCCUCCAUCUCCUCAGCUGUCUUUCCCUCUUUGUUACGGACUGGAUGGGGUGGAGUCACGUCUCUGAUGUAGGACAGCGUCUUUAAGGGACAUGAGACCAUAGCCUACCUACACACAUCCAAAACCAACUUUUAUUUAUUUUUUUGAAAAUAAUACGCCAAUAUGGGCAAAAUGACUGCGGUUAUUGUUGUAAAUUUCGGUAUCUGUAAAUUUUCGGUUUAUUGCCCAGCCCUAGUUAAGUGUGUUAUAGUUUACUUUAACGCUAACGCCUCGCCUGUUUCCUUUGGCUGAUGACUGAGUUUUUACUCUUAGUGUAGAGAUGCAACACCUAAGUCAAUACAAACACAAGAUUUGCAUAUUUAUUUGUUUUUUUGUUUUUGUUUUAAGGAAUAUAAACCUCUAAAAAAAACUUAAUUUGCUUGAGACCCCACAUUUUGUAAUUCAGAUUCUCUCACAUGAAACAUCUAAACAGCCCGGAUCUCCUGCUAAAGUUCAAAGAUUAAAUAAAUGACACACAAGUCUGAUCAGACACUAAAUGUCAACACUUAGUAUUCGUCAGUUUGCAGUGCCGCAGCGACACAUGAUCCAAAAAAGUAGUCCUGAGGUUCAGCACAGAGCCCCCCCUGGUGUGAAACCAUCAGUCUGUCACUGUCCUCAGCUACCCAGCAUACUGUACUCCAGCACAUUACAGCGCACUACUCGGAAAGUAAAUCACUGCUGGUAAGAGUUUGGUCGGCAUCCAUUUUGAAGUGUUUGUGAGCCGCAGCGGAGGGAGGCAUGGUGGUGUUAGUGGUAGAGAGGGGGGUGUGUUGCUCCCUAAAAUAGCCCCCCGGCGGAGAAAUGACAGGACAGGUGGGGCAAGGUUACCGCUGGCCUUGGAAUAACAGAGUGCUGCCAUAAACCAACAGAUUAGCUAACCCUUCUCUGGCCUCCCCUUCGAGACGGCUAACCCUCGUUCCACAAACCCGACGCUCAUUCCAAGAGUGACCUCGAACGGGCUGAGAGGGCCUGAGAGACGACAUGCAACACAUGACACGAUGUUAGGAAAUAAAACAGCAGAAACCGCCGCCCCGACUCAGUCUGUGAUCAAAUUCUUAAUGUGCUGGGACUGUUACUGAAAUGCAAUAUUGCUGAAAAUCCAUUUAUUUGUUGAGUCAUCUUAACUCAGAGAUGUCUCAGUUUCCCUUUGAGGGGCAUUUUUAACGUAAUCAGAGACAAAAAUAGCUGAAAGCAACAGGAACAAAACUGUCUGCAGACCAGCAUCUUACAAAAACUAAACAUUUCCAUGACAGUUCAGCUUGUUUGGAGUGUUUUCUGACAGCUCAGGCCUGAAUGAGUCCAGGGAAAUUGUUGAAGCGUGUUAAAGCCGCCGUGAGAGACUUAAAGUUUUUCUCCACCUUGUUGUUAAUCCCCGUUUUUGACACCUUCACCCUCACUGCCGAUAAACCGAGAACAAAUCCUGUUUUAAAAAUUUCCUUUCUAAUUUACUCUUGUAGGUUUUUAAGAAGCAUCCCUGUCCAUUUUAGUCUGUUUCAUCACUAUUUAACCUAGAGGAGACCUAUGAAGCAUAUUUUCAAAUUUCAUCAUGACAUUUUAGGAAAUCUAUUGAGCACUUAGCCUGAUUUGCAGCUCAAAACUCCUUAUCUCACACGGCAUCUGUGAAAACUCUCUUUUUGUCACUAUCCAGCCUGAUCCUCAAGCACUUUUAUUUGGCUGCUUUCUUAUUAAUGUAAAGCUUGUGGAUGCUACUUUUUACACAGCUACAUGUUUGAUCUCAGACUUGAGUUAAUUUGCUAGCUCCUCAAAGCUCAUACCGGCCUUUACUUACAAAAGAGUCAUUAUAAAUCACUAAAACCUCUAUUUUUGAGAUGAGAAUAAAAGCGUGACUUUCCUUUAAAACCAAAAGAACAUUUAUGCGAACAUUUCCAGGACAGACUGAAUUAAUAAAAAACACAGCAGAGAAAAAAGCUGAGCGGUAAAACAGAUAUUAGAGACAAGAAAACAAUGUGACCGAGCUUCCAGGUGGGCUCGUCCUUGACCGAACUGACAGGUGAGCAUGUAAAGUUUGGGUCAAGUCUGAAUUAAGAUCAGUAUAAUUGGUCUCCGUAAAUCAAAAGUAUCAUCACUGACACUCCUUUAAUACGAAGAUGGCGAUAGCGCAUUUUGUCCAGAGUAACUUAUAGCAGAACUUGACAAAAGACACACACACACACACACACACACACACACACACACACACACACACACAGAAACAAACACACACUCAUCGGUCAGGAAUGUCCCCGCUGCACUGUGUGUCCUCACAUUCGGAGCAAGCAUGUCAUUCACCUUGAUGACUCAAUCAUCCCUCUCUUCUCUUUUUUCACCCAUUUUCUCCUUUUUUUUAAACCUGCAUUAACAUAGAAAAAUUAUCCCCCUUUUUUAAUCCACCUGAGGCGUUCUUCGUCUUCGUCUUCACCAGGGGAUGUUACACUGGCACGCCGCCUGACGUCAAGUACCCCUCUGUUUUCACACGUCGUAAACCUAUUAAAUCACUUGUUUGUUAUCACUACGUAACUUUCACUGUUUUCCAUGGAGAACUCCCUCCCUCUGUGUUAUUAAGUAAGUGCAUCUGUGUGCCUGAUCAUCCCUCAGGCUGGAGCUGUAAAUAAAGAGCAGAUUCACCCGUGCUUGUAAAAUAAGAGGCAUUUGUUUUACCAUAAAGUCUCGUCAGCCGCUGAUGGAACUCUGUGUGCUGAUUUUUGAUCCUCACCGCUGGCACAGAUAUAAAGAUAGAUAUUUUACACUGAAAGAAGCAAUAAAAAUAGUAGAAAUCACUUCCAUUAAAGGUCAUAAAGCGUGCAUUAGUGAAAGAAAGUUUGGGGUUUGAGAUCCUCGUGGAAAAAAAGCAAGAAAUAAAAGUGAAAAUGAUCGCAAAUUGAAACCAAACGGAGAAGAAAUUGGAGGAAUAUUUGGCCGAAGAUGUGAGUGAAAGUGACGGUCCUCUCUGCUGUGUGUUUCAGGUGUAAGUACGGCUGGCAGGGUCCGCUCUGUGACGAGUGUCUGCCGUAUCCUGGCUGCGUUCACGGUACCUGCAGCGAGCCCUGGCAGUGCACCUGUGAGAAGAACUGGGGAGGCCUGCUUUGCGAUAAAGGUCAGUUUCAGUUUUUCGAUUUCUAGUGGCGCUAAUUCAUCAAAGUGUCGAAGAUUUUGCAGUAUGAUUUGCAGAGCAGAUGAAUAUUAUUGAGUAUGUCGAUGCUCUCUGCAUUCCUCUUGCAACUAGGGGUGUGUGAUAAAAUACUAGAUCUUGAAAAGUUGCACAUUUUGUUGCGCUUUUGGAUUACACACAAGCAGCGCUCUGCAAAGGUGGUAAAUGCAAAGACAGCGUCCCUCUUACUUGUUUAUAACUUCAAUCAAAUGCAAGUUUUGAAUUUUUUUUGAUAAAGAUUAAAAUUUAAAACUAUUUUUCUAUCAAUUGACUGACUCCUGUCUUUGAAAAGUUAUGCUGCGAUUAAGUUACCUCAGGAGUCAGAUGUCGAAGCUGAAAAUGGCGUCACACCUGAGUUACCAUCGAUUCAGUUGCCAAGUUGAAAAAAAGCAAAAUCAGAGGUUGAAACAUUAUGGCUACAUCUAUGAAAGUUAUUUUAGCGCUUGCCUUGUCUUUGUUAUAUUCGGACAAGGCAAGCGCUAAAAUAACUUUCGUAACCAUCUUGUUUCCGACUCUGAUUUUGCUUUUUCAAACUGGUAACUUGGAUGUGACGUCAUUUUCAGCUUUGACAUCUGACUUCAGAGGUAACUCGAACGCAGCAUUAAACCGACUUAUACCGUUUUUGAGAUAUCAUUCUAACACCAUGCAAAGACAUUGCUUUAACUCUUCGUACAAAGUUAAACCCAUGCAGUAUAAACAGUGACACACUGAGUGACGCCUCAGAAACAAAGUGAUGUUUUUUUUUUGCGAGAUCGCCCACCCCUACUUGCAACAUUUAACUCUCCAGAGGAAACCAUGUGACUGUUCAGGAUGCCGGAAACUAAAGCCUGAAUUGAACUUUUCUGCAAACAUGUCAUUACGCUGUGCAGCUUGUAACCUACAAUCAGAGCUUCUGUGAGGAAAAGAGAAUGACAUGGAGCCUGUUAGAGAGAGGUUACUUUGUGCAGCUGAAAGAGUUUCAUGUAAAUACUCAUAAUAGGUGACAGAGAUUUCUUACUUUGCAGAUUUGAACUACUGCGGUACAAACAAGCCCUGCAAGAAUGGAGGAACGUGCAUGAACCCUGAGCCCGACGAGUACAACUGCGUCUGUCCAGAUGGAUACUCUGGCAAGAACUGUGAGAUUGGUAAGGCUCUAAAUCAAAAAACGUCGUAAAGCAGGUUUAAAAAGUGGGUUUUUGUGCCAGGUCACAUUCUGGGCAGAGCUCAGAGAAAUGAGAUAGCAUCUCUGGACUGAUCAAAUUUAUGAUUAUUCUACUUUUAUCUUUAUUUUCCUCCGUAGCCGAGCACGCCUGUGUGUCCAACCCAUGUGCUAAUGGAGGGACUUGCCAUGAGGUGCCGUCAGGGUUUGAGUGUCACUGUCCUGCUGGCUGGACUGGGGCGACCUGUGCUCAAGGUGACGACUCACUCCUCUACAGUCCAGUUACUCACCGUCAUAAAUAUAUGUUUCCUUGCAACGAAAGCUUCAAUAUGAGUCUCUCUGAUGUUUCAGACAUAGACGACUGCGCAUCAAACCCCUGCGCUCAGGGCGGGACCUGCCAGGACUUGGUGAACGGUUUUGAAUGCCACUGCCCUCCUCAGUGGACGGGCAAGACCUGCAAGAUAGGUGAGAGUCGCUAAGACACUUUUGGAGCAAAACUUUAAGGUUUUUGUUUUGAGAUUCUGCUGCAUGUUGGAUCAGAUGUUGCAGUGAAAAAGCGGGUGUGUUUGUGUGUAUUUCACCUGCAGCAUAUGCUACGUUUACAACUCCGUUCCAGGGAUCUCAUCUGCUUGCCGAGUUACAGUUGCAUACCUGUCUGUUUGUUUAUCCCGACGCGUCAUUUAACCAGUAGUAUUUCUGCAGAUGGGCCACUAAUUUCUACUCAGUGUGUGUGUGUAUGUGUGUGUGUUUGUAAGUGCACGCCCAACAGAGACACUCGUUCGGUAUCAUCUGCAACUCAAGCCAGGUGACUUGAGUAAAGCUAAAAAUAACCUCCCGCCUGGCAACUGCUAGCCUUGGGACCAAAUAUACUCUGCUUGGGGGGUUAUCUUUGGCUCCAGACUGGGCGUAACCGGGGAGUAUGUACGCUACGUUGAGGCGGUACCCCGGCAUAGCGGAGCCCUCACCACCUUCUGCUACAGCCAGGAAACACUUUAUAACCUGUAAACACGCACAGGGAGCGACCGAAACGCUCCGGUUUGUGUUACAGAUUCUCAGAGCGCUUUCUUCCCCCACCCCCCCUUUCAUGGCGAAGUGGUACCUGUGAGAGAGCGAGAUGAGGGGGGUGGGGCGGUGGUCGUCGGGGAAGGUUGGGUUUUUGGGAAGGGGCUGGGGGUGUUCGGUUUCAGCAGGCCAACAGGUGCCACCUACCUCCUGGGAGUAGUACUAAUGCACUGUGGCGGUUUAUAGUGAGCCAGGCGGCACGGCAGGGGCGGCGAGAGCUGCCUCUGAAACUGACCACUUGGAAUGCUGCAGGUUGGACUGUAGGGAAUGCAACAGGGAGACGUUAACCGGGUGGGAGGGGGGUGGGGAUAAAGGGGUUUGGGUGAUGGAAACCCGUGCAAGAUAUGAAACCCUGUCUGAUAUGGACUUCAAUGUUCUGGAGGUUUUGGACAUUUAAAGGAGACCCUGAUUGGUUUACCCAUAAAAUUCACUCGUGGCGAAUGUAAGAAAAUCCGACGACUUCAGAUUUUCCAUGUAAUCCGUUCCUGGUUUAUUUAUGAUUCUUAAUUUACAGAGAAAUUAAUUUUUGAAACAGCCGUUUACAUUUCUAACGGGGUCGUUUUUGUUUCUUUCUGAUGGAAAAACUGAGUAACGCCUUUAACUUUGUAAGCCGUCUGACGACUCUACGCUUGGUGACGGGGCUCCUCAGCAGGCUCUCAGCUCUCUCAUUCAUUCUCUCUGUCUGGUCUCCAUUUUGCAGACGUUAAUGAGUGCGAGGGGAAGCCUUGCCUCAAUGCUUUCUCUUGCAAAAACAUGAUUGGUGGAUAUCAUUGUGGCUGCUUUCCUGGAUGGGUGGGCCAGAACUGUGAAAUAAGUUAGUAUCAUCCCAGCGAACCCCACCUGCUCUUAGAUCUACUGUAGUCCUCUUUGCUGUCUAGCUUCUGUUCUCCUCUCACCUCUGCAAGUCUGCAAUCCUCUACUCCUAUUUAAGAAGCAGAAUGUCAAUCCAGAUGAUUAUUUUAACAUUCAAUCAUUUUAACUGAGAAAAAUUUAAACUAUUGUACGCACUGAACAGUAGGGAUGGGCGAUAUGGGCAAAAAAAAAACGAUAACAGUAAAAGUCACGAUAAAAAAUACUAUUAUUACAAUCUAUAUUUUUUAUUCUCAACAAUAUUUUUAUUAAUUUUAAAGAGAUUAAUACAGUACAGCUCUUGAAAGAGCACAAGAUAUAAAGGAAACACAUCACAAACACCCCCUUAUCCUUCAAACCACGUCUACUGCUGGAUAUUCCUGUUACUGUGCUUAAAUAACAAAUUCUGGAACUAGAACAAAAAAAUAACAAAUAAAUUAAAAAAGUAUGUGCUGGAAUUCGGGUUUUGUAGACCUUGAAAUAUAUAAGACAUUGAAAAACAAAAAGUAAGAAGAACUUCUGUAGGUUAGAGAAAUACGUUUGUAGAUAAGUCGCUUAAAAGAGUUUUAAAAAGAGAUAAUUGAAAUUGUUUGAUUGUAAAAUAUCACAGAUAUAUUUUUCAAAAAGAAAUCAACUAGAAGAGGAGAGUGUUUAUUCAAAAUGUUGAGAGUUUCUGAAUGUGAUCUAGAAAAGGUCCCCAAAUCUUUGAAUUUUCUGUCAUUACCUGCAACCGAGUAAAAAAUCUUCUCAAGGUCUAAACAAGACGUGAGGUCUUUCAGCCAACCAUCGAUAUUUUUGACUCAUUCUGUCUUGCGAACACCAUUUGGAGUCGUCAAAUAAGAUAAUUAGCCACAAGUUUGAGUGGUAGGUUAUGGAGAAAACUAAUGACAUCAACAAGUCUCUAAUGUGAAAACAUUUGUUGGAAUCAGAUCCACUGUCCGAUGUCAGGCAGACCUGAUUGCGAUCGUCUAAACUCCAAUCUUGAAGAAAGUCCCUCAUGUGGAUCCUCCUUCAGUAACGAUCUGCUCAGAAACGUCUUCUUCAUUACUUUUGGCCAUGUUUGUUUGUUAUUCUGCUCAGUGUGGGCUAUGGCGUCAUCAACUUACAUUUAUCGUACUUAUCUUGAGAUGGCAAAUAUUUAUCAUGGAGGAUUUUUCCGGUGAUAUUUCAUGAACGCUAAUUUAUCGCCCAUCCCUACUGAAUAGCUAACAGCCCAAUCAUUGUUUUACUACAGCUCCCAUGAUGCUUUGAUCCAUGCUAAGAGCUUCCUUUACAACAGUUAACUCCUGUCGAGUCAAAAAAAAAACAAAAGUUAUGUUUACAAGACGGUUUAUCCAUAAAGGCCAGAAAGGCUAAAAAAAAAAACGUUUUUGUACCUGACAAGUUUCGGUUACUUUGCCUCUGCAGCCUUCAUCAGAGGUGUCACGUAAUGUUGGUGUCACUUCGUCUGUGAUGAGAAAUAUGAGUUAAUUUUUUAACCUUUCGACAGGCUGAAUGAACCUUUUUAGUAUCAAAGCGAUGUUUCUCUGAACCAGAAACCCUUCGAUCAAAUCUAUCAAACGUCCUCGUAGAACAGAGGUUAGCGAGCAGAGAGGUUCGAUUUUCUCCAACACUUCUCUCUCCUCCUGCCGCUGAAGCUCCCACACCCUGGCCUAACUCUUCCGAGCUACAAACACUGACUUCACCCCGACUCUUGUUUAUCUUUUCUCGUUUAUCCGGAGGGCUAGAUCCGACUUCUGCAGUUUGGUGUCAUUGCAUGUUCUAACUGCACCCCUGAACCUGAAUCUGACUUUUCGUCUAACACGGAUCACUUUGCUUUGGAUGUAUCCACCAUUCUCCUGUAACCGUUGCAUGUUCCGGCACCGACGCAUGGUCCAAUCCUCCAAAUUGUCAAACUCGAAUCUUACUCUUCUCUGUUUGCCUCCUCUCCAGAUAUAAACAGCUGCCACGGUCAGUGUCAGAACGGAGGGACCUGUAAGGUGAGAUUAUGAAAUGAUGAAUGAGUGGUUUGGAAAAAAAAGAAAACACUGAGGUCUUUGUUGAGUUCAUGUCUUUUUUAUAACAUGACUUAAUCAUAAGGAUGGAAGAAAGUUACUGCUGAUCAUCAAAGUACCUGUCAGAACAUAAAAGAACAAGCUUAAGGGUAUUAUGGUUGUGAAACAUCACCAGCAUGUUCCACCCAACAGCUCUUAUCCUCUCCUUCUAUCAAUAGAUGGGUACGCAAUAAAAUAAAGACUAUUUUUACAAGUGUUCUAACUUCUUCCUGUGUUUCAGGAUAUGGCCAGAGGCGGCAGCUAUCAGUGUGUUUGCCAGACGGGCUUCGUCGGUCGGCACUGCGAGGUUCAGAGAAACCGCUGUGCAAGCAGUCCGUGCAGGAACGGUGGCCGCUGCCACGCCCUGCUGGACGGGUUCAUGUGCGAAUGCCCGCAAGGCUUCGCCGGCACGACCUGUGAGGUGAGGAGAGGAGGGUCGCAUCCAGCUUUUCAAAUAUACUCAGAGCUUUCAUCUGUAUGGAGACCUCGACCUCACUGUUUCACCUCCACAGGUGCAGAAUGAUCCGUGCAGCCCGAACCCUUGUCACAAUAAGGCUCAGUGCCACAGCCUGAUGGGAGAUUUCUACUGCAGUUGCCCUGACGAUUACGAAGGCAAAACCUGCUCGGAGCUCAAAGACCACUGCAAGACCAACAGAUGCCAAGGUAACACGUAACCUAAUGUAGGGCUGGGCGGUACAACCUCAAAUCAAUAUCACAAUAUAUUUAGCAGUUCACCUGGACGACAACUACUCCACAAGCUGCUCACCCUCUCCCACAUUAACUUCAUCUACUUCAGCCGCUACAACUUUUGAACCGUCCUCCAUCUCCCCACCUGUCUUUCCCUCUUAAAGGGACAUGAGACCAAAGCCUACCUACACAAAUCCAAAAACAACUUUUAUUUAUUUAUUUUUUUGACACUGAAUAUAUUGACUACGACGGAGUAUUAGGGCCACAUUAAGAAAAAAAAAUUUAAGACUUCAUAAUUACUUACAAGAAUCAAGUCAUAAUAAAAUCAUUAUGAAAAUAAAGUCGUAGCUAACAGCUAUUCUAACCUGUUGUUAGUGGUUUAAAUGAGCGCUGUGGAGCAUUUAGAUGAACUGAACUUCAGUAGCUAGGUUUCACAAACAAGGAGAUUCUAAAUUCUUUGGUGUUUCAGCAUCACAUUUUAAUAAGUACCAGGACAUAUGCAAGAAAUGUGUCUUUUCCGCAGAAAGAUCCAGGCGGACCUGUAGGGAAUCGCAGUUUUUGAGGAGGGGGAAAUGUCUGUGCAGAGGCGAAAUCCCACAAUGCAGCUGUUUAUAGUAAUAGCAUGUAGCUUUAGUUUAUCAUAUGAAUCUAUACGCCAUAAGGUGUUGGUGCCUCUGCAGGUGUAGGUUGCUGCUGGUGUUGUGCCGGCAUCAGAGAUAGAGGCGGUGCUCGUCUCGACUCUCUCUGAAUCACAAAUGUUGAUCACUAGUUGGAUUAUUUUUUUGAGAAAACACAAAAGUUCUCUGAUGCACCCACUGAUAACUCUGCAGUUGACCAGUUCAGACAUUUCCUCCUCCACAAAAGCAGCUUUAAGACUUCAUUUACUUGAUGAGUUAAUUCUCGUCAGUAAUGAUUUAAUUAUGACUUCAUUCUCGUAAGUAAUGAAAUUAAUCUCAAAAUCUAAUUUUUUUCUUCUUAAUGUGGCCCUAAUACUCCGUCGUUAUUGACAUGGUCAAAAUGAUGUUGGCUAUUGUCGUAAAUUUCAGUACCUGUAAAUUUUCGGUUUAUCGCCCAGCCCUAACAUUAUGUAUUUUACGGUGACAAACAUCCACAUAUCCCUUCUGUUCUUCACUCGCUCUCUCUUUUUCUUCACCCUAAGUGAUUGACAGCUGCACAGUCGCCGUUGCAACCAAUGACACCCAAAAGCGGGUGUGGCACAUCUCCUCAAACGUAUGCGGCCCCCACGGUCGUUGCAUCAGCCUCCCUGCUGGGAACUUCAGCUGCUCCUGCGAGCCGGGAUUCACUGGCACCUACUGCCACGAGAGUGAGUUGUUAUUAGCUCUACACACAACACACAGACUAUAUUUAUCAUCAGUUACCCUCGCUGCAAAGCGCAUGAUUCUUACGGUAAUGCAGACUCGAGUUUCACUAAUCAUCACUCUCUUAGUUUAGUCUGAGCACAAGGGGAAAACUUAAAAAGGAAAUCCUGUGGGAAGGCAUGUGGAGGAAAAUGCAAACAGAGAGCUUGUUGUCUGCAGGAGAAUUCUUUCAAGUCUAAUUGGACUGCAAGUUUUGGUUUUGAGCACCAGGGUCCAUUUAAGAUUAGUCAUGAUAACCAAACAAGGCUUGUAAUAGUUCUUAAAUCUCUGAAAAAUGAAUAUGGUUAAAAAAAGUAAUAAAAAAGUCUAACUUGAGUAUUUUUCUCCUCUUUGCCUGCAGAUAUAAACGAUUGUGCGUCAUCACCCUGUAAGAACGGAGGCACAUGCAUAGAUGGUAUCAACUCCUUCCAGUGUUUCUGCCCAGGCGGCUGGGAGGGCAGUCUGUGUGACGAUGGUGAGUACAUGUAACGAGCAAGUCGGCAUUUAGGGGAAAACAUGAGCAACCGCAGAGGUAUACACGAGUUUAGGCAAGAGGCGUGAAAAGUCAUCCGGCAUGUGAGUCACGCCUGGUCUUUUGGAGAAUCCGUGAGAGGCCGGCGAUGAUCAUCAGUCUAAGAAUCUAAGAGAAGACAAAACAAAGAGGGGGUUUGUGUCCGAGAGGGAAGGAAGCAGGAAAACGCUGCAGAUGAAACAGCUGACUGAUUUGAGUCAGUUUGGUUCCUGCUGCAGCUGCUUGAAUUGGUCGGUGUGCACAUUCGCAGAUGAUACUGUCACUUAUAUUGCAUUACAUCAGAUCUUGUACAGGGAUGUUUUAAGGUCGGCUGAGUUUCUAUUUGUUGAAAUUGAAAAAAUAAUUCAGAGGAUAAUUUCUGUGCUUCUUGGAAUUUAAAGAACCUCGCUCCAAAUGUCUGAUUUGAGUCAGUUUGGUUCCUCCUGCAGCUGCUUAAUCUGGUCGGUGUGCACAUUCGCAGAUGAUACUUUUACUUAUAUUACAUUACAUUUGAUCUCUGUUCCAAGGAGACUGAGUUUCCAUUUGUUGAAACUAAAACAAAAAUUUAGGGGAUUAUUUUCAUGCUUCUUGACAUUUUAAGAACCCGUCUCCAAAUGUCUGAUUUGAGUCAGUUUGGUUCCUCCUGCAGCUGCUUGAAUUGGUCGGUGUGCACAUUCGCAGAUGAUACUGUCACUUAUAUUACAUUACAUUAAAUCUUGAACAGGAAUGAUUUUCUAUGUGUCGAAAUUAAAACAAAAAUUCGAAUGAUUAUUUUUGUGCUUCUUAAAAUUUCAAGAACCUCACUCCGACUGUCUGAUUUGAGUCACUUUGGUUUCUGCAGCUGCUUAAUCUGGUCGGUGUGCACAUUCGCAGACGACACUGUCACUUACAUCACAUAACAUUAAAUCUCUGUUCCAAGUUGACUGAGUUUCUAUUUGUUGAAAUUGAAACAAAAAUUCAGAGGAUUAAUUUCUCGCUCGCCUGAAAUUCAAAGAACCCGUCUCCAAAUGUCUGAUUUGAAGUUGAACAAAUAAUCAGUCGCUGAAGACGCUGCGCUGACUAAUGGUUUUGAUUCUGUUCCAGAUGUGAAUGAGUGCAACAGAAACCCCUGUCAGAACGGAGGCCAAUGUGUCGAUCUGUUUAACGACUUCUACUGCAACUGUGUCGACAACUGGAAAGGAAAGACCUGCCACUCACGUAAGAAAAUCUCUCUGUGAGGUGGAGUUUGUUCAGACUUUCAUGACCUAAAGCUGAGCGGAAAAAUAAUAGUUAUGUAGGAUUUGGCGUUUCCAAGGUCUAAAUGGUGAUUUCAGCCACCUGCUUUGAUUUUGGACUAAUCUGAAAAGGUUUUGAUUGUAAUGAUGGACCAAAAAAAAUCACGUCAAGCUUGUAAAACUCUCAUGAAUGGUGUCUUUGUCUUCAGUUUCCAUGUUCUCCAACAUGUCAGGUCUUAUAUUCUUUAACAGCCUCAGCCUCUUAAUCUUACUGAAGCAUGGUGCCCUCGCCGGCUGCUGUGCUGGCUUGUUUUACUCUCUGACGGCUCUUCUGAACUCAGCUUUGCAGCUCAAGUACAACACUGGCACCGAGUCAACUGUUUGAAACCCCGUUUCCCAUGCUUCCUCCGCGCAGGUGAGAGCCAGUGCGACUCCUCGACCUGCAGUAAUGGAGGGACGUGUUACGACCACGGAGAUGCUUUCCUAUGUAGCUGCCCCUCAGGCUGGGGUGGCAGCACCUGCAACACAGGUCAGUCCCUCGCUGCACUCUAAUUACAUAGUUACGGCUCUGCUAAUGAUAGUGUGGUAAACAAUGUGACAUUACAUUUUUACGGCCUGUCAGACCUGUGACCACAAGCCAGAGCGAACGUCUACCAGUGUGGGCCAGUCAGGAUAAGACCUUUUAUUUUCUGUUACAGCCAAGAACAGCACAUGUGACCUGGGCCCAUGCGAGAACAGCGGGACAUGCGUCGGGGGAGGAGACGGCUUUACCUGCAUCUGCAAGGACGGCUGGGAGGGACCCACCUGUGCACAGAGUACGUCACACGUUUAUUUCACAAGAGUUGAAUGAUGAAGACGUCAAAGAAAAGCAGCUAUUUACAAUUUGAGUGUUUAUGUAACAGGACAAGUCAAGACAGUAGUAACAUUGAGAAACCUCGGAGCUGUAUUUCCAUUAAGUGGGGUUUAAUCACUGCAAACAGCUCAGCAUUCUUUACGUCAAGUCGGAUGUAUCGUGAUCUCGGUAGCUGGAAGACUCCAGAGCUAAGAGGACAAGAUGAGUCGAGACUGCUUUGUCCACAGGGGGCGCCAAAAGUUCCUCACAGGAGCUUUAACUCUAGAACAGUAUCGCUAAAAUUAGUAACACCGUCACUAUCCCCGGUUUUUACCCAAGAAAAAGAACUUGUCUGCAAAAUAUGUCAAAAUAGACAAUGCAUGACAAAUUAAAGUAGUUUUCUUUUAUUUUUAACCAAAAGGGAGGAAAAAAAUUGCCAUGAAGGGGCCGUAUAAAAAUGCAAUAAAAUAACUAAAAUUAGGCAUUCAUGAAAAAAAAAUUCCCAAAAUAUGUGAGUCUUCGCUGGUGAAGACUCAGGGUCCUUGGCAAAAUAACAGCUGCAGGAAAGAAAACCAAAAUAUGGCAGAUUUUAAGAGAGUAAAAAUGACCAGCUGACUAAAAUAUUUCUUAUUUUUAUAUGAAUUCCCUUGAAAAUCACUACUUUGUGAUAGUUAUUCAAAACCGCUGCGCUAAAUAAAGAUAACAUGCAAAUUCCAGGACCACUCUUACUGACCUUAUUCGCCUACAUGCAGCUAUCAAAUCCAUCCAAACCUACUUUACCCUCUAUCACUAUUGCUGGGUGAAAAUCACUGGAACAUGUUAGAAAAAGCAGGUUUUGGAUCAGGGAAACAAAUCUGCCUUCAAAGAUGUCAAACGCAAUGCUGAAGCUACCCAGAGUGCCAAGAUACUCAGACAAACACAACAUAAUGAAAAUCACGUAAACAUGUUUGGUCGGGUGAAAAUCACCCGGUGAUAGUGUUCAUAGUGUUCUAGGGUUAAAUAACUUACCUUUAACCUAAUAUCGCUCAUUUAUGAUGUAUUUGGAGAGUGGCGCUAGGUAGUGAUCCUACAGUAUCUCUCCUCUAGUAGGAUCCUCAACACGUGGUCCUCUAAAAAGACCUUGUGGGGUUCUGGUUUGACUGAAAAGACUCUUCGAUAAAAGAAAACGCUGUACUAUGAUACAGUGGUGGUGUGAGUCUUGGUAAAUUGUCCCAACUAUGAACUAGAAACUACAGUAAGAGUAUCUCACAGAGUGGGAAACCCUACAUCUCAAUAGUAGAUGGUGAAAAAGAAAGAGCUUCACAGCUGCACAAAAACUGCACAUUGCAGAUUUAGGAAGUCCUUUUCACAGAGACAGUUUGGAUCUUUUUCCCCAGACUCAAUCUAUCAAACCCAAGCCAUUUGUACUCUGGUUUUACAUAUUUGUCUAACACUGCGACUGUACAAAGUUAAAUUGUUCCUGCCAACGGCCUGGUUUGAGUUUCAGACUGAAAUCUAAAAUAUUCUGACGAUUAUUUGAUCUCUCUUUUUUCAGAUGUCGAUGACUGCAACCCUCAUCCUUGGUAAGACAGACUUCUGUUCUUAUUUACUGACAGGUUUGAGAAGCAUUGUUAUGUUUUCAGCUUUUACAGCCACUCUCGACUGUUCGAGCGUCUCGUGUUCAUCAUGAAUCAGACUAAAACUUUUUGAAGUUGGUAAAUUGUUGCACUCUGGCAAAGUCUGAGCGAUCCAAAUACUCUCCACAUGCCAUAAAAGACAGCUUUUUUGGGCUUCACCAUGCAAACAUGUGUAUCCAGCUCCUUUUUAUUUAUUGGUUGUGUGUUGAAGCCGUCAGUGAAGAAUCUCCUCAGCUUUAACCACUUUUCUCUGCAUUUUCACAAAGUUCAUUGUCUGUUUUUAGGGUUUUAAAAGUGGCUUUUUGCUCCGUUAUGUAACAAUUCGAGUUAAACGUGACCUCUCUUGAGCUCAGGAAUCAAUUCAGCCCAACUUCAGCCUUAAAUUUGGCGUCAGCUUUGAUCCUCACCUUCGCUUUUAUUGAUCUGGAAACAUUAGCCGAGUUUACAUUUGCAUAUUUCCUGAGUCACUCUGGAUCCGCUCCAGCGACUCGAGGUGCAUUGUUUUCGAUUUCGAGCGUUCGAGCAGCUACAGGCUUUCCCAGCAACUCCCACACUCUGCUCUCAUCCUGCAAAUCAGAUUUUCUGCCUCGGAUUUUCCCGUAAAAGACUGUGGGCGUGCGAGCACGAGUGCAGGUGUGUGCACCUCGGUUUGUCUGUGUGUGGGAUGGCACUUUGGUUUUUUGGUGGUUGUAGUCUGAAAAUGUGACUGUAUGGGUGUUUUCUGCGGUUGGAUCUGUGUGUUUUUGCUAAAUUUCGCUUCUUAAAUGUUGGAAUUUGAAGGUUUUUCUUUAAUUUUAGAGUUGGGCAUCGAAGCUCUUUGGAUUUUUGGCCUGAUCGAGAGUUUUUAAGGAGACAUUUUAUUCUAGGAAAUGUUUUAAAAAUACCUCAGUUGGAUCCUGACAUCUUCCCUGGAUCACAGACGCUACCCUGAACAAAAGAGUCCCCCGUCCUCCCCCCUCUUCUCACCCUCCUCUACAAUGACUGACAGGUGGAUUAGUGGUGGUUUUGGUUUUUAGGAGAGGGGGGGAAGAGGAGUGUGAAGAGACGCCCCUCUCACCAUUCACCGGCCUCGACCUGGGGGUAGCUGUGAGAAGUGGAGGUAUCUGAGGGGGGGAGCGGCGGCUCAGUAUGUGGUCAGCAGGGAUUUACAUAUGAAGUCUGGACAUUGAUCUGGGAUCAGCUUCGGCCCUGCUGACACUCAGAAAAACUCUCGGAGGAAAGUCUCAGAGUUUGUUUGUGGCUUUGAGGGCAGAACGUGAGACCGUCACCGGAGAGUCUGACCUCAGGUGGUUAAUGCGGCCUCACAGCUGUGUGUGAAGUUAAGUAGAGGGCUGGAGCGAGCUCUCGUUUGUCGCUCGGAUGCCAUAAAACCUGACAGUCCGGUUCAUUCUCGUAUCUGCAUUUUAAGUCAUUUCCUUAAUCUCAAAUGAAAAGUGUCAUUGGCAACCACCUCAUGUUCCCACACUUUAUUGCAUAUCAAUCACCGGGAGGGAAGUAGGUCGCUGUUUUAUCAGCCGAUGGGCAAAUAAUUUGGCAGAAGCUGAUAUUUGAGUUCUGUGUUGCAUAAACGACAAGUUAGUGACACCCGCUUUUGAGCUAACGUCAAGGUUGUUGAUUUCUUACACAAAAUAUAAACAUACAGUACUCAGAAUAAAUGAUUACACCCCUUCAGAGCUGUCAGAAAGCCUUUAGUUUCCUUUCAAAAAUCAACAUUUUCUAUGUCAGACGUACAACAAAAAUACUCCCCAUAAUGUAGUCCACUGAUUGCAAACAAGAUUUUUGGUAACUCUAUACAAUAACUAAAAUUUAUAAAUGGUAAAUAGAUAGUUUAUUAAUGUUUAAUCAUCAUUUAAAAACAGCAUAUAGACCAAUUAUAAACGGCAAAUAGAUAUUUUUUAAUGUAAGUUAAUAGUAACUUUUUAUUGGACUAUUUUAUUUUGGACUUAUUUUAUGGACUGUUUAUUAAAGGUUUAUUUAGGGUUUAAAUAUUGGUUAUAAAACAUCUAGAUUAAAAUGUGUGUCAGUAGCACUUUGUAAAUGGUUAAUAAGUGGUUUAUAAACCAUCUAUAAACAUUACUUAGAUGGUUAUUGUGAAUUUAGGGUUAGGUUUUUAUUUAUAAAUGAUGAUUGAACAUUAAAAAACUAUCUGUUUACCAUUUAUAAGUGGUCUAUUUAUCAUUUAUAAAUUAUGGUUAUUGUAAAGUGUUACCAGAUUUUUUAAGUUGAGUACAAAAAAGUUUAUAUUUUUUUCCAAUUUAAUUUUAGGAUGCAAAAAUGAGUACACUCCAAUCAAAGUUCUGGGAGCAAAGCUAAGUUUUAGUCUCCAUAUCGCCCUUAUUUCCAUUUUACGGUAAAUGAAAUGUGAUGUUAAACUUUGAAAAUUGUACUUUUGCUCAUCUAGAUAUUGAGUCAUACUUUACUUUAAAUAUGGGGUGUACUGACUUAUGCUGGCUGAAGUAGCCGUCCUAUCAAUGACAGUGUUUCCCAAAUAUUUUGACAUGAUUUAUUUCGAAGACAUGAAGAAUUCAUGUUUUCACUCGGAGUCAAGGAAACACGAUGCAGUUCACCUGGAGGUCUUCUAUAUGUGUAGAGAUGUACAUGUUUCCUAAAGCCCGCCUGCGUGGAAAAAAGACAGAUUCUCCCUCAGGAAAGAAAUGUGAAGAAAGAUAUAAAGGAGUUCUUGUUUUCAGCCUCCCUGUCGGCUCUGCUCCGCAAGUAAAUUCAUGUUUUUCUGCCUCUCUCUCGUUUUUUGCAGCUACAACGGCGGCCUCUGCGUCGACGGCGUGAACUGGUUUCGCUGCGAAUGCGCCCCAGGAUUCGCCGGUCCGGACUGCCGCAUCAGUAAGUCCCUGGGAACCGGAGGGAGGCGUGUGGAGGGGUCAGGUGGGUGGGGGGUCAGGGGUGAAAGGCCGCGGCGGGGGAGCGUGAGCCGAUUGUUUCAGGGCGACAGAUUAGGAAGCCUUUUAGGAAGACGGUCUUAACCUCUCCCCUCAGAGCUGAGCCGAGGUCAGGGCUGAGGUGCGUCAGACGGGUCAGCGGCUCUCCCGCAGCCCCUCUGGGAGAAAUCUCCUCAGAAAGGCCUUUUCAGGACGGGAGUGUUAUCCAAUUGAAGCGUUUCGAACUGAACCGCCGAAAUCUUAUUGUGUGGAGAUCGAUUCUCGGAGUUCCAUCACUCAUUGAAAGUGUUUGAAUAUAACUCCCAAAUCUUCUCAAAGCUGAGUUUUUCUCUCGGCUUAAGAUAAGCUUCAGAAAGACGAACACUUAGAGGAGAUACAAAGACUGAAAGUAAGACCUGUGUGAAAUGUUUAGAUUGGGAUUAAAUCCGUCUCUGUCCCUUUUUUCAUAUCUCCUAAUACCAUGCCCAGAAAGUUUUAAAGUUGGUUACAUGUUUUCGUGUUUUUUUAAACUGUUGCUGUUGCUUUUUGACAGACAUAGACGAGUGUCAGUCAUCUCCGUGUGCUGAGGGUUCGACCUGCAUGGAUGAGAUCAACGGAUACCGCUGUGUUUGUCCUCCAGGAUACGCAGGAGCUCGAUGCCACGAGUGUGAGUACAAAAAACUGUCAAUUUUAACACUGCUUUAAAGAUUACAAUGUGCCUCUGUUACUUUAAUGUAGCACCUGGACUCUUCUACUACAGAGCCAUGCUGUUGUAAAAUGUGCAGAAUCUUGUUUGUUGUUAUCCUGCUGAAAUUUGCAAGGUCAUGUGCAGAUGCAGUGACAAACUGCUCACAGACAGUCAUAUUUGGGGAUGAUUUUAAGUCUAUGCGGUGACUUCCACUUUAGAGUCAUGUCUGUUUUUAAUGCAGUGCCCAUCCAGUGUCAGUUAUUGGUCUUGUCCCUCUUGCACAGAGAUCAGUCCAGAGAUUUUUUUAAACAUAUAAGAAUUAGGACUGUAAUCAAUCAAAAAAUUCUUGAUUGAUUAAAACCCUGAAAUUUUUGCCCAAAAAUCGACUAAUCUGGGGUGGGGGGUUUUCUGACUCUGACGGCAAAAUGCUUCUGCAGCGGGGUAUGACGUAGCUUGACUGGGCUCGGUGGGGUGAAAAUAUACUAAUAUCAGCACAACAACAAUUAAACACAAAGGGCAGGUUGAAACACCUAAAAUAAAAUAAAUAUUCAGCAAACCACCGGACAUUGAUUAACGUAGACGCUCUUUAAUCGUCUCGUCUCCAGCUGGUCUCCAGUGGGUUGGGCGAAUCCAACAUGGGAAAAACAAAGGGGGUUGUUCUGAAAACACCCCCAUUAGCAUUUGGUACGUUCCUCCUGAUGAAAUUAACCAUAGACUGUAAAUUGACGUGGAAAAAAAAAUCGAGUCGACCAAUCAGAAUUUUAGUCAACUCAGCACAUAUUGACUAACUUGGAUUUCCCUUCAGGGAUCAAUGAAGUUAUUCUUAAUAAGUAGAUCAGUCGACUAAGACUUUACGGCCCUAAUAAGAAUACAUCAGACUAAUUUAUAUAUGCAUAUAGAAUGAGGUUUAACAGUAAAAAGGCAGUGGUUAAUCUUAAUUACUUUAAUAAGCCAGCUGUUCAGCCGUUUGUGUUUUCUGUACGUCUCUAACUGAACGUCUUUAAGUUGUUCUCCAGGAUGUUUUUUUUCUGUUUCUGUGAGUCAUGAGUUAUAAGAGUCACAUCUGCGAUGUAAAUACAACAUAAACAGAUGCCGGCUAGUUUGAGGAUAUUUCAGGCGUUAGAGGUGAUGAUGUUAACAGAAAGACAGAAGUCAAGGGGGCCAAUAAAAACUCUUAAAAUAAAAAGUCAAAGUAAGUUCGGUGGUCAUUAAGGCUGAGAAAAUGGAAAUGCAGACACUUCAACACUUCAUUUUGGUCACCACCUCUCUUUCAUCCUCUUCAGUUAUCGGUCUCGGAAAAUCGUGCCGUCAUGCCGGUUUGCAGUUUCCUCACGGCAGCCGCUGGGAAGAGGAGUGCAACGCCUGUCAGUGCGUCAACGGAUAUGUCCGCUGCUCCAAGGUAAGUCUCAUACAGAAGACCGAGGCGAUGACCUGUUUUCUAAGAGGACUACAGGUGAAAUGACGCUUUUAUCCUGCAGGUGCGCUGCGGUCGACGGCCCUGCCUCCUCCCCAAAGCUCUGCCUCCUCCUACGGAUGCGAACCCUCCGCCCUGCCCGGGUGGUCACGAGUGUGUGGAGCAUCAGUUCCUCACCUGCUUCUCGCCGCCCUGUCAUCAGUGGGGCGUGUGUUCAAUGCCGGACCCUCCGACGCCCCUGCAUACCCAGUGUGAGCCCAACAGUGGUUACCUUGACAACAGCUGUGCCCGCAUCACGCUCAUCUUUAAAAAGGACAAAGUGCCGCAGGUGAGAGAACAUAAAAAUGAGAACCUGUGCUGACUUAAUGACCCUGAGGAAAACUUUAACGCCGCAGUUAGACUUUUAAAAAGUUGCGAUUCUUUCAUCUGUGCGGGUUAUUAAAAAAAUAAAUGUUUUUAAAGAGGAAAAAGUGAGGAGGCUGUGAGGAAGUGAUGGGUGUCACACUCUGCUUCAACAGUCAGAACUAUAUUUAAAGUUCUUACACUGGAGACGUGCCUCUUUGUGGUUUUCAUAUCACGUAUCAAAGCAGACUUUUAAUACAGAGGAGCUCAUAAAUUUCCAGACACAUUUUUAUUGGCUCUGAUAUCACCGAUGUGACCGACGGAGGAAGAAAAGUCUGCGAGUUUUCCCUCUUUUUGUGUCUUUGUCAUUUAUUCUUUUGAUCAGUUCUUCCCAGGAUGCUUUGGGAGUAUUGUCUCUUUACAUUCACGCCAAUAAAGCUUUCUCAAUUCAACAGAAUUGCAGUGCGUUCGUCCAUUAGCCCCCAGUUAGCGUGACAGACACGUUUCAUCCUCAGUCAGCUUGAAUUUCCACCCCUUUGUAACUCCAGAUGGUAUUUCCUUGUUUACGACGGUCUAAUGAAUUAACCUCACCCCUGCAGCAGAUCUGCAUCAAGUUUUAUGAAUGGAAAUUAAUCUAUUCUUCUGACAGAUACUGAUCUGAGAUCUGAGUCACAGUCGCCCCUGCUGGGCAGAGCCUUCAGAUCGUCUGAAUGUGAAACAGACUUUGGAGGAAUUAGGACCUGAUUGUUCUUCGCCAGCAGUGCUGAUACUAAUCUUUUUUAUUCUGUGUGUGUGUGUCUCUCUCUCUCUCACAGGGCACCACCGUAGAGAACAUCUGCUCCGAGCUGAGGUACCUCCCUGUGACUCAGACUCUCGCCGAGGAGCGAGGGCUGCUCAUCCUCUGUGACCUGUCCUACACCAACAGUGACGCUGUGGAGGUUGCCAUGGUGAUUAUUGCAUCAAAACACACAAACCCACACACAUACCUAUUCCUAUGAAAACAAUUAGAGCUGUAUACUGACCUCCUUAUUUGCCGGUUUCUGUUUUGGAUCCACGUUUCCCGUUUGAUCGACUUUUAUUUAUUCUGACGUCUGUAACUGGAAUCAUGUGAAUCGUAGGAUGUUGAGCACUGCCUUUCAUCCAUCCAGGGAUCUUGUUUGUAAAGAUUUUUAACAGGGUCCCUUUUCAGUCGCCUCUUUUUUUCGCCACUUUUUCGUAGGCUACUUUGCAUGCUAAGUUCGUGAUCCAGUUUGAUCCAAAGAAAUGAUCCACAUUUAUCUAUCCUGACGUCUGUAGCUGUUAAGCAGGUUUUUUUUAUUUUAUUUUUUUGCAAGUUUCCAGCCUUUUAUUGAUCCAGGAAUCUUGUUCGUAAAAAUUUUAAAACAGGGUCCCUUUUCAGUCGCCUCUUUUUCCUACGCUACCUUGCACGCUAAGUUUGUGAUCUAUGUAAACAAACUUGGUGUUAAAAAUGUGCGCACUAGAGGAAGUCCUGACUUACAUUUUUAGAGGUGGGGGAUGUUAGCAACUCCACUUUCUGCCAUGUUUUGUACGCCACUUUACCUACGCCACUUCGCCUAACCCACUUUUUAUACGCUCAUUUUCGUGCGUCUCUUUAGGGAACUUUUCAUAUGCAUCUUUUUGUGUACGCUACUUUUCACACUUUGUUUGUGAUCUAUGUAAACAAAAUAAGUGCACUAGUACGCAUUUUUUUGCCACUUUUUUAUGCCAUAUUUUUUAUUCACUCCACUUUUUGAGUGUCAGGAUGGAUGAUGGCGCCAGCUGGCUCGAUAGAUUUCUUCUCCACAACCAUUUUUCUGUCAAAAAACACUCAAACCUCUGCUCUGAAAGACCCCAGAACAAUAACAUGAACUAUAAGGUCUUAUUUAUUUAUUUUUUUUUAAAGUCAGAGAAAAUUAAAGCCAUUUCUUAUUGACGUCUGAUGCAAACAAAGGAAAAAAAUCCAGGGCUGCUAGUUGAAGUUUCCUCCGAAGUCUUUAAAUCGGAAGUGACAAUCAGUCAGAGUGUUAGUAUUUAUUUUCAGUAUCUUUUAAUACCGUCCAGAUCUCAGUAUCAGGUGUAUUCACAGACGCCGCACACCUGCAGUGUCAGGAGCCGCUCCGUCCUCUCUCCCUCGCCGUCUUUUCUUCUCCCUCUUUAUUGAAUCACACUUAAUUUGUCACUGCAAAUUGUUUCCAGCCCGUCGAAUCCGGUUAAAUCAAGUCUUUUUUUUUUUUUUCCUGUUUUGUUUCUUCCCUCUGUGCGUUUAAAAAAAGAAACAAGAGAGAGAAAAAGAGGGAGAGGCAUCUGAAGCUUUUUACAACAUCUGGAGGAGAUUUAGCUUUUCUGCUGGAACACCUUGCAGAUCUCUCUCUCUUCUUCUUCUUCUACUUCUUCCUUAACAUCUUCUUUCUCAUGCCCUCUACACUUUACCUCUCCUGUUUUCUUUUCUCUUUUUCUCCCUUUUAUUUGUUGCUGUCUUUCUCAGCCCUCUCCCUUUUUGUUAUCCGUCUUUCUCUCUUUUUCUCGGCCACCCAGACUCGGGGGAAAUCAGUCACUUCGGGGCCCUAAGCUCUUAAUGGAGGGGGAUUACUUCAUGUUCCUCUGAUGUUUGCAGCGACACAUACAGGAAAAGGAGUGGCGAACCUGACAUCCACCCAAUCCCCACAAUAAGACCUUCAUAAAAACACUCACUCCCACUCGCUGCCGAAUGUUUGUUGCUGCUAAAUGUCAGCGCUCGUGUAUGAAUGUGGCUGAAAUCUUUAUAAUGUCAAGGAGCCACUCAGUCGUGGUGGUUCAUUCUCUCUUUAAAGAGCUCUGGGUGUGUUUGUAAACCCCUGAAGCUGAUCUGCAGGCCGCUCUGCUGUGAAGUGGUUCAAUAUGUCAGAGUGUGUUUGGGAAAUAAGGAAGGUUUGGUUUGCUUCGGCUUUAUGGUGACAUGUUGAGGUUUUUUUGGCACGUGUGUGUGGGGAAGAUAAACCAGGAAACCCACAACAUUAGGAAGCCACAUACAGGACUCAAAGACCAUCAUCAACUACUGUAAUACACUUUAUGUUGGCAUCUCCCAAUCAUCUCUUAGUCGCCUUCAACGUCUUUUAACCAACAAUAACAGACGUGAGUAGGCCUGACCAAUAUGGAACUUUUGGGGCUGAUGCCGAUACCAAUUAUUAGGGGGGAAAAAAAUCUGAUUACUGAUUAAUCAGCCGAUUUUUAAAAAUAUUUAUGAAGUUAUAAAAAAUACAUUUAUACUGUAGAUAUCUACAGUAUACUGUAUGCCACUGCUCUUCAUGCUGACAGGAAGACCGACUGAUCAAACUUGGACCAGAAGAGUGUUUUCAAGUCAAAAAAUGGCGUCAUUCACAGAGAAGAAAAGAAAAUUGUCCGUGUAACCGCCAUCAAAGUUGUCCAUUUUUAAAAUAAUGUGAAUAGAUCUAUAUUUGAUCCAUUUUUCCUACUUUCGGGUGUUUGUUUCUUGCUGGAGUUGUAGAGCGUGUGUUAGUUUCUCCAUUGCAUAUAGUUCUUCCACCGUGUCCAGACAGUUUUUUUGAUUGGUUGGAUUACCCUUACACCAAUUUUCUUGUGAUGGCCUUCUUUUAAACUUUUAAUGUUCGUUUUAUUUAACUGAGCUUUUAACCGUUCGUGAGCCGGGUAGAGCUCUGAGGUUGUCAAACGAACCUCUACUGGAAGUGCCCAGAUUAAAAUGCAAACACUGGGGUGACCGAGCCUUUGCAGUUGCUGGUCCCAGGCUCUGGAAUAAACUCCCCACCGCAAUGCGACUCAUUUCUGACCUGGGCCUUUUCAAAUCCAGACUGGAAAUGUAUUAAUUCAUGCUGGCUUUUAAUACCCAGUAGCGUGGUGACACUUUUACUUUAUUUUAUUUCAUUGUAUCUUAUUCUUUUUUUUUUGCUUUUAUUGCUUUUUUUUAGCACUUUGGUUCACCGACAGGGUUGUUGUAAAGGGCUGUAUAAAUAAAGUACAUUUACAUUUAUAUUUACAUCAACAAGACUGACUCUUCUCAAAUCAGUCAGAACUGGUGUAGCCGUGACGCCGUCUGUCAAUCACCUCAGGGGGCGGGGUUAGAGGUGUGUGAAUGAGCUGCUGGUUUCCUGAGGAGAAGAAAAGAGGAGUGUUUGUCCCGGGCCGAGCGGGGAGCACAGCUGGCCUGUUCUCUAUUGUUUGUUCUAAUUGAACUGCACAGCACACAGCUAAUCCCCCUCUGCCCCCUCCUCACCUCCAUGCUCUCACCCUCAGCACCUUAUUAGGCAAUUAACUCCACCCUCUGUGGUCUCAGCAGGGGGGUCCGCAGCCUGCCAGAUGUUAGGAUGAGAAUCUCUUUAUUCUGACGGAUGAAUGUGUGUUUUUUUCUCUCCCUCUCUCCCUCUCUUUUUGUUGUCCUGAAUAGCCUCCAGCCACACUCUGACCAUUUGGCGAGGAAGGACUUAUUUUCUCUCUUUACUGUACCGGCUGAAUGAGUCUCUGCACAGAACCUGGAGCUUUAACAGGUUUCACAUUUAAAUGAAGUGUUAAUGCUAAUCACACUGACUCAUGCUUCCAUCUCUCUUUCUUUCUCUUUUUUUUUUAUGUCCUUCAGUCCUUUGAGCAGGACGGGCGGUCCAAGGACAGCGAUCGUGGCCAGAUCCAGAAAGCGGCCAGCACCAUCAUCGGCGCCCUCUCCAAACGCCACAAUAGCACCGUCAUGCUGGCUGUCGUGGAGGUCAAAGUGGAGACGCAGGUGGAGUCACCGCCUGUUGGUGAGUCACAUGUCAUUUUUGUUUGAUUUAUAUAUAAAAUAAAAAUCAAAUCUUCUAAUUUCAAACACAAAGAAAGGUUUUGAGUUGUUUUCUUUUUUUUUUUGAACAAUUUACUUAUUUAAACACUAUACGACUUCAAUAACAACAACAGAACUGCAAAUUUACCCCAAACCCAACCCCCUCCCAGAACAAACCCCAUAGGCCAACUCUAACCUACAGCCCAAAAAAAAAUGGUAAUAGUAAUAGCAAUGAUAUUAAUAAUAAUAAUGUAUAAAAAAAUAUAUAAAUGUAAAUAAAUAAAAGGAUGAAAUAAAAUAAAUUAAAAUAAUAAUAAUAAAUAUAUAAUUAUAAAAUAAAAUGUACAUAAAAAUUAUGAUAAAAUAUAAUAAUAAUAAUAAUAGUAAUAAUAAUAAUAUAUAAAGUAAAAUAUAAAUGUAAAUAAAUAAAAGGAUAAAAUAAAAUAAUAUCAAUAAUAAUAAUAAUAAUAAUAAUAAAAUAUAAAAUAAAAUAUAAAUGUAAAUAAAUAAAAGAAUAAAAUAAAAUAAUAAUAAUAUAUGAAAUAAAAUAUAAAUGUAAAUAAAUGAAAGGAUAAAAUAAUAAUAAUAAUAAUAAUAAUAACAAUAUAUAAAAGAAAAUAUAAAUAAUAAUAAUAAUUAUUAUAUAUAAAAGAAAAUAUAAAUGUAAAUAAAUAAAAGAAUGAAAUAAAAUAUAAUAAUAAUAAUAAAAAUAAUAAUACAUAAAAAAUAUAUAAAUAUAUAAAAGGAUAAUAAUAAUAAUAAUGAUGAUAAUAAUAAUAAUAAUAAUGAUAAUAAUAAUAAUAAUACACAAAUUAGUUUAAAAAAUAAAUAAUAAAUUAAAUAAAUAAAACUUUAACAGCAAAAUACAUGCAGCAAAAGUCAAGACAUUGACAUUGAGUUGUUUUUCUAACAUCUCCUUUUGACCUCCUCUCUUCAGGUUACCUGGUCCCUGUGCUGUGUGUCGUCUUCAGCAUCCUCUGGAUCUUCUGCAUCGUCGUCUGCGUCUGGUGGACCCGUAAGAGAAAGAAAGAGCGCGAGAGAGCGACCCGAUCUGAGGACACCACGGUGAACAACCAGCUGGAGCCGCUGCGGAGCAACGCCCUCAAGGACAACCGAGACAAAGACAUUCAGUACGAAUGCAAGAAACUGAUGGGCCCCUCCGACAGGACGUGCGAUGGGGCCGAGGGUGAGGAGGAAGGGGAGCAGGAGCGGGAGCAGGAGGAAGACGAGGAGAGGGCGCUGGGCAUGGGGGAGAAGUGCCCGCCGCAGAAGUGCUCCAUAGCGGGGCCAGGGCAGGACAGGGGGAUGAUGGGAAAGGUAGGGGUGAUCUGCACAUCGCGCAGCGGCCCAGUGAAGGCGCCGCACCGGACGGCGUACAGCCCCAAAGACAACCGGUGUAAAAACCUGAACGCCGCUAAGCUCAGCGAGGACGUUAAAGACCAAUAUGUAUGAACACAGGAGAGAGAGAGAGAGAGAGAGAGAGACGGAAAAAACUGCAAUGUCUUCAACGUCACUGACUCUUCAACUCUUAAAAGCACCAAAAGUGAAGAUUACAGAUGCUUUAAUUUUCUAUUUUUGUUUUUCAAACCUUAUUUAACUCCUUCGUCUGCGACACAGAGGCUUCCUUUACCAAAAAAAUGUCAAAAAACAACCAAAAAAAGGCAACAAUGAACGUCACAGCUUCUGGAUUUCACUUUAAUCGUCACUCUUGAAAUCAAGAGGAUCUUUUUUUUCGUCACUCUUGACUUUUUAUUUCUGUUUACAGUUUUUAUUUUUUGGGGUUUUUUCCACGUUUAAUCAGAACUAACGUUUUCCUGAGAUCUAACUGACCGUCAUUGGCUGGCAGCUGUUAACAUUGUGAUUUCUGUUUGGUGCAUUCAGUUCCUGUCUGCCUUAGCCCAAACCUGCGGGCCUUUUCUACACUGUCUUGAUAUUCUGGUUUUUUUUUUCGUUUUUUUUUAAAUAAAAGAAAAUUAAAAAUAAACAAAAAGAUUUUAUAAACAUUUAAGUCUUGAAAGUUGGCACAGAGAAUCCACUGUUCGAUACCCGGCAUGAGCAUUUUUUUGUUUACAUUCACAAACAUCUUUUCCAUUUCGUGUUCAAGGCUCUGACGUGAAUACUUUCAGAUCACUCUCACUGCUUUCUGUGAGUCUCCAUGAUGAUUUUUCAGUAUUUUGUUUGGUAGAAAAGUGCCUUCAGCCCUUUAUUUUUUCUCCUUUUCUCUCCUCCUGAAGAGUUUAUGCAGAAUUAAAAAUCACAUAAAGGGAAAGAUGUCCUAGUAACAACUCUUCAGACUUUAGGAGAGGAUAUUCUCUUUGCUUUGUACAUAUGUAAAUAUGAAAAAAAGGCUGUUUAUAUUUGAAUUUAGUAACUUAAGUGAUGCUUUGUAUCAUAGUUAUUCUAAAGAAUAAGACUGUUUUUGUGCUUGUUGUUCUUUUUUUUUUUUUAAUAAUGUCAUUCCGUUUAUUUGUGUCUGUUGACACUCUGACAGGUUUUAUACAGAGUUUUUUUGGACUGUUUUGGAGGUCCCGCUAAAUCAUGAGCAUUGGGUUUAAAAGAAAACAGAUCGUGACUGUUUGUUUCUAUGUGUUGUGAAUAUUUGUUCAGGUUGUUCAGAACACAAAUACUGAGGUUGGUCAGACCUGUCAAUCAUUUUGGGUUGUUGGAAGCCCCUCCCAUCAGGGACUUUUUAAUCCUCUGAACACCACCUGCAAGAUUCAAACAGGUUCGAGUACAAUUUUUCAAAUCUGAGGCAAUCUUAAUGUUCAUUGAACGGUUUAUUUUCAUUCAUUUAAAGUUGGUUGUGAAGUUAAGAGCCUUGCUACAUCUACAGAUUCAAGUCAUGUGGGCCAACCCUUCCAAAAACAACCAAAACCCCAGUUUUUUUUAGUGCGUAAAGGCUCUGAACUUUGUUUUUAUUAGUCCCCUUUUGGUUAUUGUUGGUCUUUCCCAUUUUUUUCCCACUUUUCAUGUUAUGUUUUGUCACUCAACUGGCCGUAUGUUUGUAUUCACAGAACAAAAACACCCUCAGCAUCCUGUUCUGGCGCUGCACUGAGCAGCCAGCAAGGACAUUGAACGUUUAAGAUACUUAAUGGACGUCAUUCAAAAGUUGUAAAGUUAAGCCUGAAAUCUGCUCUGUUUUCAGCCACAGUUUCCUGUUCUACAAAUUCCCACAACUCCUAAUUUAAGGAGCAAGCCUGGUUUACAGCACUUCUUUGGAAAUAACUUUAAUUAUGUCAUCCUCAUUUGCUGCCUUAAACGCAGGAAAACAGCAACUUUAUUGGCCAUUUAGUCAUUUUACCACUUCAGACAGCUGUAGAGUAGCUUAAAUUAGGAGGUCUGUCCUUUUUUUAUUGUUUGUUUUACCAUUUUAAGUUAUACCCAGUUAUAUUGAUUAAAAGCUGAUUGUGAGCCAUGACUUUCAGUCCACUCUCAUGGGUCACAGGGUCUGAAUAACUCUAAAGCACUGCUGCUGGUCCUUGCUAAGCCCGCUCAUACAGCUCUGUUCAGUUAUAAAUCUACAAUUUUACAGUCUGUUGACAGAAGAGAUGCCACACAGAGCGGACGGUGUUUCAAGAGAAUGAACACCCUUUCAUGUCGGCCCCCCAGCCCCCUGACGUGCCCUAUCAUAAGACACUGAACCCCUUGAUGAAAAACAAUCGUAGUGUGUGGUUUGAAUGGGAAUCUUCUCACAGCGAAUGAGUUUGUUACCCUUUGUUUUUGUUUUUGUUUUUUUGUUUUUUUUGCUCUUCAGCCCCACAUCUCCUCGUGUUUCUAUCCUGGUCUAAUGAAGGGAACAAGUUGUGUUGUUGAUGUUGUUGUUGACUGUUGUAGUUGUCGUCCAGUGUUUGUUGAGAGUCUGUUUCUGCACUAAGAACACACAGGAAAAGAGAAAAGUUUACCAUUACCUCCGCAGCGGUAGUGAGGAAAAAAAAAAGUCAGAUAUUGACACCAUUUGUGGAUGAAAAUGAUGUUUUUGAUCUUUAAUGUUUUUGUUCAAUUACUGAUGCAAAUCAUGUUAAACCCAAAUUUAUACUCUGUCAGUAAAUUUUACUUUGCUUUAGUCCCACAGGAGGGGCUGAAUGUGCAGAACAUUGUAAUUAUUUUGUACAAAAUUUGGUAAAAGUCUUGGUUUGUUAGUGGAAUUUUUUGUUUGUUCUUAGAACAAUUCUUUUAUUUAUUAAAGUAUUUUAUACCAAAGUUUCUGUUGUUUGGUCCUUUUUAUGUCCAAAUUUAUGAGAAAGGUUUUAUUCUGGUUGCUGGUAUCAUCUUCUGAAUAAC